AUGUGUAUUCCUGGACAAGCUGAAGGAGGUGCUCUUCAAGUGAUAGUAUUAACUACUUACGCUUGACUAAAUGAUCUGGGCUAGGCUUCCCUUUAGCUUGAGUGUAAUCUCCUUUUAGUGUAUUGUUAUUAUACCUCCCUUUAUUCUGAAGGUUUUCUUGCAAAGUCACAUGGCUUUAUAGCAAGCUUUAUUUGUUUUUAUGCUUCCUUCUCUGUAACCUUAAUUCCAUACAUUUUGCUUUAUUUUUUCCAACAGGCCACAGCACAGCUUAAAGAGGCGGUAAAGGAUCCUCUGAUUAUCCCUGCGUUGUGUGAUGUUCUGAGGGGUGCUCAAGAUAUGCAGGUAUUUUCUCCAUGAGUGCAAUAAAAAAGUUUGGCAUCGCAUCCAUAUGAUUCAGUAUCAGUAUAAUUCUUUGGGUACUGUCUGCAGCCUUUAUUAACCAAAGAAAUGUAUUAUUUCAUGGGCACUCUAUUUUAGGUACAUAUAGUCAAAGAAUCCCUCUGAUGAACCUUUAUGUUCUAAAUAGAGAGCUCCAGUAAUCCCUAAAGUCAGGGCACUGUGGUGACACAGAAAUGGUAGCGGACAUCAAAAUUUGUAUUUGUAUUUUAAUCCCUUGACUAGUUACCAUAGUUUGCAAUGGAGUAGGCUGUCUCUACAUGCCACCUUAGGAGAGGUGCCUUCAGGUCUCUUUGAUCUUCUGCAUGGCUUCUGACUGAUGACCAUGGGAACAAGUGAUGUAUUAUCACAUCUUUCUGAAACUGUGAAUUAGGAUAAAGCUUUGGAACGUUUGAGACCUGUAGCUGUUUCUGCUUUUUUGGUUGCAGAGAUAUCCUGCUGCACUGGGUAUCAGGUACAGUCUCCAUUCAACUAUGCUUACUCAGUACUAGUAUAGGUGAGCUGCAGGGGAUUUUGAAAGUGUAUUUAUGUAUGGCUGUUUGUGUACAUAUAUGUAAGCGUGUCAGUGUUUGUCUGUACAUGUUUUUUUUUUUUAUGAAAGAUUUUGUGGGGUUUUUUUUUUGCACGAAUGUGUGUGCACCACUUUGCUACCUUAUGUAUCAAUAUAUUUGACUACAUGCUUAUGUGUGAUUUAAGACUUAUAUGUAUUUAUAUGUGCAGGAUGCUAAUUAUUUGCGUGAGUGGGUAUAUGAAAGAGAGUGCAGCUAGUUUGGCUUGUGUGAGCGUGACUAAUAUGGUAAAAUUGUGAGUGUGAAUUAGGCCUCGAUUUAACAUCUUCGGUUCAGCUUUUCUUAUGAAUAGUUCUGGAUAAACUUUUAAAAAAUAAGGGACACUAUAGUCACCAGAAAAACUACAGAUUACUACUUCCUGCCACUCAGGAAAAUGCUUCUUCAUUAACCCAAGCAGAACAAAGGAGACGAAAGGGCAACUGGAAGCUCUCUGCUAGCAUUAAAACAUUAAAAUUGUUUAACGCUGAAUGAAAGGACAACACCAGGUACGCCCGACUGCUUCAAUAAAUUUGUAUGGCUAGAAGAAAUUGUGUAAUCUCUGCCUUAGUCGUACCUCCAAUAGGUGCCAGACUGUGGAUGGCCAGGAAAACCCUUAUUUUGUGUUAACUUGUUAAAAAAAAAAAGUUUAACACUGAAUGGAGGGACUGUAUAGUCCAGCCUCUACAACUAAUGAAAAUAUUUAUAGUGCAUGCAAAGUACCCUUAAUGGGUUUCUAUCUUGAUGAUGUGAACUGAUCUUAUGAUUGUUGUAACACUACUCUACUUUCAGUGUAACUUUUGUGCAUUUAAGAUAAGUGUGAGCUUAUUAUUGUUGGUGUGUUUUUAUAUAUGUAUACAUGUUUUAGACAUUCAAUUAUACACAUAGCAUAUGUCUGAUUUACACAUUUUUCCAAACAGAGUGUCUGUAUGUACAUUUGUGUCAGUGACGAUGCAAAUGUUCCAACAAAGCUAUUUAUACAUUUCUUUCAGAUCCGCCAAUUUGCUGCAGUUCUGUUGCGUAGGCGCCUCACUAAACACUGGAAACUAAUCCCUAAAGAACAGCAAGAAAAGUUAGUAAAUAAAAAUUGUUACCGUUUGUCUUCUCUCUCAAUGAUAGCAAACUGCACCUCCAUAUGAAGCAGACCCACCCUCCCACCUCCUGGACAGCAUCCAUUUUGAAGGCAGCUGUCCAGAAUAGUGAGAGUACCAAAGUUAGUGGUAAUAUUGGAAAAAGAUAUAUUACAAAAUUGCAUGGGAUAUGGUGUAGAAUGGCAUACAGGUCUGUAUUGUUACUUUGUAGUUCCCGUCUUCACUCCAAGAGAAACGUAAUAGCCACACAAAAUAGUGGUGGUGCUUAUUUCUAAGCACCACAAAUAGGGAAAUGGCACAGUACAAUCUGAGAGUUAUGUCAGGGUUAUGUCACUCCGCUGGUUUGAUGCUUCGAGCUGCUCCGGUGCACUGGAGCCGAUCCAGACCUCAAACACCUCGGGAGGAUGCCGACCUGUGAUCUCAUAAUACUUGCUUCCAAGCCUCCAAGUUAGAAACUGCCGCCAAAACAACGAUCUGCCCGUGAGACCGGGCUUUCUCAAGAUAGGUUGCGGUACUCCUGCUGAUAUAUACCCUUCGCGUGUGUGAAGGUAUUCUUAAAGGCAUAUUGAUUGUAACUACUUUGACAUGUUAAAUGUUCACGGUUUCAAUGUCCGCAAUAUUAUGCUUACACGAUAAAAUGUGAAGUCAAUAUAUAGGUACAAAUGAGAUAGAUGGAGAUAUAUAUAUAUAUAUAUAUAUAUAUAUAUAUAUACACACACACACACACAUCAUGAUGCAAAGUGCAUAACAGUAUAGAUUACAUAUGGUAUUAUAUAGUUACAUAGUCGAAAAGAGUCUUGCGUCCAUCAUGUUCAGCCUUCCUCACAUUUGUUUUUUGCUGUCGAUCCAAAAGAAGGCAAAAAACCCAGUUUGAAGCACAAUUUUGCAACAAGUUGACCCCAGAAUGGCAGUCAGAUUUAUCCUUGGAUCAAGCAGUUAUUACCCUAUAUUGAAAGAUUAUAUCCUUGAAUAUUCUGUUUUUGCAAGUAUGCAUCUAGUAGCUGUUUGAACAUCUGUAUGGACUCUGAUAAAACCACUUCUUCAGGCAGAGAAUUCCACAUCCUGAUUGUUCUUACAGUAAAAAAACCUUUCCUUUGCCUUAGAUGAAAUCUUCUUUCUUCCAGUCUAAACGCAUGGCCUCGUGUCCUAUGUAAAGUCCGGUUUGUGAAUAGAUUUCCACACAAUGGUUUGAAUUGGCCCCGAAUAUAUUUGUAUAAUGUUAUCAUAUCCCCUCUCAGGCGACGUUUUUCUAAACUAAAUAGGUUUAAAUUUGUUAACCUUUCUUCAUAGCUGAUAUGUUCCAUUCCUUUUAUUAAUUUUGUAGCCCGCCUCUGCACUUUUUCUAGUGCCAUAAUAUCCUUCUUUAGAACAGGUGCCCAAAAUUGCACAGCAUAUUCAAUAUGUGGUCUUACCAGUGAUUUAUAAAGAGGCAAAAUUAUAUUCUCGUCCCGAGAAUGAAUGCCCUUUUUCAUGCAUGACAAUACCUUACUGGCCUUGGCCACUGCUGAUUGACAUUGCACAUUGUUGCAUAGUUUGUUGUCUAUAACAAUUCCCCAGUCUUUUUCAUGUGUUGUUAUCCCUAAUUCGCUUCCAUUAAGGGUAUACGUUGCUUGUGUAUUCUUUACGCCGAAGUGCAUAACUUUGCAUUUUUCAAUAUUAAAUUUCAUCUCCCAUUUGAGUGCCCAGUCUAUCUAAAUCCCUCUGCAGCAAAGUAAUAUCUUGCUCACAUUGUAUUAUUUUGCAGUUAUGAUUGUUAUAAAUUGUUGUUUUUAAAACAUAUUAUUCCUAUAAUUUAAUAUUGUGUCUACUUAUAGUUACGUUAACAUAAAUAGUUAAAAUAAUUUAAUUUGGUGUAAAUUUGAGAUUGGUGCAAUCAAAUUGAAAAGAGAAACAUAGAAACAUAGAAUGUGACGGCAGAUAAGAACCAUUCGGCCCAUCUAGUCUGCCCAAUUUUCUAAAUACUUUCAUUAGUCCCUAGUCUUAUCUUAUAGUUAGGAUAGCCUUAUGCCUAUCCCACGCAUGCUUAAACUCCUUUACUGUGUUAACCUCUACCACUUCAGCUGGAAGGCUAUUCCAUGCAUCCACUACCCUCUCAGUAAAGUAAUACUUCCUGAUAUUAUUUUUUAAACCUUUGUCCCUCUAAUUUAAGACUAUGUCCUCUUGUUGUGGUAGUUUUUCUUCUUUUAAAUAUAGUCUCCUCCUUUACUGUGUUGAUUCCCUUUAUAUAUUUAAAUGUUUCUAUCAUAUCCCCCCUGUCUCGUCUUUCCUCCAAGCUAAGAUCCUUUAACCUUUCCUGGUAAGUUUUAUCCCGCAAUCCAUGAACCAGUUUAGUAGCCCUUCUGAACCCUCUCUAAGGUAUCAAUAUCCUUCUGAAGAUACGGUCUCCAGUACUGUGUACAAUACUCCAAGUGAGGUCUCACCAGUGUUCUGUACAAUGGCAUGAGCACUUCCCUCUUUCUACUGCUAAUACCUCUCCCUAUACAACCAAGCAUUCUGCUAGCAUUUCCUGCUGCUCUAUUACAUUGUCUGCCUACCUUUAAGUCAUCAGAAAUAAUCACCCCUAAAUCCCUUUCCUCAUAUGUUGAGGUUAGAACUCUAUCAAAUAUUCUGUACUCUGCCCUUGGGUUUUUACGUCCAAGAUGCAUUAUCUUGCACUUAUCCACAUUAAAAGUCAGUUGCCACAAUUCUGACCAUUUUUUUAGUUUACCUAAAUCAUUUGUCAUUUGGCUUAUCCCUCCUGGAACAUCAACCCUGUUACAUAUCUUAGUAUCAUCAGCAAAAAGACAUACCUUACCAUCAAGACCUUCUGCAAUAUCACUAUUGGGAUCACGUUAAGAAAUUUGAUUUACGUAGAAUAGACCUAACCAAAAAUACGAAUUAAAUACAUUAAGUUCAACAAAGUGGUUAAGAUAAAAAAAGAAAAGUUAUACACAAACCCGGCCCUACCCCGGGUUCACCCUACAGCCAUCAACCCCCACGCCCACAAAUACCCACUCCCCCCCCCACCCCUCUCCUCCUUCCCUUAAAUUUUUUUUUCUCUUUCCUCUUUCUCUCCCCUUCCCUCUCCCCUUGCCCUAACUGACUUUCCUCCCUACACCCCAGAUCCCUACCCCCACUCAGAGACACCUAUACACACACAUACCUACCGCCCCCGCUCACCCCCCUACCAAGGGGACACCCAGCAUCACUCACGCCGAACCUCUGUGAGUUGAACCUACACCCCCCCCACCACACCACCAUUUACAGGCACCCACCAACGCACCUACAUCAAACCACCGACAAGCUCCUCAAAUCACAGACGCAACGACAACCACACGCCCAUCACUCAACAAGGGCCACACAUCCAAACACAGGUCGUAAGAUAAAAAAUAACACCAACCAUGAAGACAUCACUAGUCCCCCCAACAGACCAGACAGGCCGCAACCCCCCUCACACCCAAACCAUACCUACCGACCGCCCAGAUCAGACAGACCAGGACCGUACCAAACCCACCUGAUCUACACCACAGUGUCGUACAACACAAUUUAGCUAACGGCACCAAAAACUGUACGAUCCGCUGCAACCACCAAAGGUCUGCACCAGUACACCACAACAAAGCCGAUAACAGCAAAUUACACGAGGAGACCAAAUCAACCACUUGUACCCCCGGACUUUACUCUCUGUACUCCUCCCCUCAAACCACUGUAACCUCGAGGGGCACAAAAUGGUGUGGAGGGAGAGGGAAACCAGGAACAAAAAACAUAAAUAUACACUGAGACCUCUGGUAACACCCCCGCAUACUUGUUCAAUUUGGAUAAGGGUCACAAUGACACGAUGUAUGUUAUGCAAUGUAUGUAUCUUAAACUUUCAACCCCAGUUUCUUUUUUCUGUACACCUCCCUGAUUCAACAAAAUCUUCAAAAUAAAGAAUUUAAAAAUAAAUAAAUAGAAAAGUUAUGUUAAAAAUGAAGGGUGAGUGAAAGAAAAACAUUUACUUGGGUAUGAUAAUUAAGACUAAUAAAACUAAACUUUAAAAUAUACAGGAGAUAAAAAUCCAUCUUCUUAGUCAUGUCCCAAUAGAAAAGCAUAAUAAAAACACAUUUCUGUUAGGAAAUUUUUGUAGGGGUUAUAGUAUACUGGCUAAUUCUAGUUCUGCAUUCAGUCCAAAUGGGACCAGGGUUUUUACAUUGUAAAUCCAAAAUGUUUCCGUAUAUGUUAGACUUUUGGCCUCCCCUUCUCCAUGGUACCUUAACACUUUCCCAGCCAAAGAUGGAAAUUUUCCAUCAAGCUUGUCCUUGCGUCAUUUACUAAAGUUAAACACAGAUCGCCUCGAUUGCAGGGUUAAUUCUCCUCCGGUCUGGCUCUGUAUUUGAGGCAGACUGGGAGCACCCCCGAUUGCACUGUCCCUGUAGCUGUGAUCGCUCUGACAGCCUGUCAGAGCAAGCACAUGUGCUGCAGAGACUUCUGAUCCACCUCCCUGCUCUUCCGCAGUCAGUGUGAAGUGCAGGGAGAAGACGGAUCAGUGAUGAUUUGCUUCUCCUUAUAAAAAAAAUUAAGCUUAAGUUAAAUCCCACCACCCCUUUCCCCUGCUUUAAUUAAAGUAACCCCUUCAAUUGUCAGGGACUACAUUUUACGGUUAUCUGUUUGUUUGUUUGUUUUUUAAAGCCCUGAGGGUUAUUUAUUUUUUUAACCCUCAGGGGUUAAAUGUAUUUUAUAAAUUAAUUUAAAUAUUUAAAAAUUAUAUAUUUAGCUAGCUGGGGUGGGUGGAUGUUAGUGGGGAAUUGGGGAAUUAGGCUAGCUAGGUGUUAUCGUUAAAAAAAAGUAAAAAAUCUUAACAUUUUUAAAAAAUAAUUAAAAAAAAAUGUAUUAAUGUAAAAAAAAAAGUUCAAAAAAAUCCCACCCCACUUUACCCAGUCCUAAUAAAAAUUAACCCCUUCCCUGCCAGUUGAUCUCUGCCUACAGUAAUCAAAAUACAGAUCACAGUAUUAUAGUGAUCUGAUUUUUUUUUUUUAACCCCUGAGGGUUAACUUUUAUUUUGUUCAUUAAUUUAAAUAUUUUAAAAUUAUAUAUUUUGCUAGCUGGGGUGGGUGGGAGUUAUGGGGAGUUUACUGUUAGUGCUGUUUACUAGUUAGGUGUUAAUGGAAAAAAAAAAGUUUGUAAAAAUGUUAAAAGUGACUAAAAAAGUUUUAAGAAAGUUUUAAAAAAGUGAAAAAAAUUUAAUAAGUAAAAAAAAAAUGACAUUUAAAAAAAAAAGUUUAAAAGGGUAAAAAAAUACAUUCAAAAAUGCUCAUUACAACUACACCUGGAACAAACUAGCGGAAAAAUGAUCCCAUGCUAAGGUUCAAAAUAUGCCUUUUGAAAUACCCCAGGUUGUAUUCUUUAAAAAAUGGUAUGCCUUUUGUGGAGUAGUUUGAAUAACAAACCAGCUACUCCAAAAUGGAACAUGGACACAGCGUAAAACUUGAAAGUUAGAAAAAAAAACUGGCUGCGUCUCAAAUGUGCCCCUUCACCAUACACAUAUACCUGGCAAUGGUACAUAUGGGGUUUUUGUUGUACACAGAUGACAUAGCUGAAAAACAUAUGAAAUAUUAUACAGCCGUAGCACACACAAGAUUUGCAAAAUAUACUGUGCAAACUCACUUUGUGUGUCAAAAAGGCAGAAAAAAUGCUUAUUACCACUAGACAUGGUAAUAAGCUAGCGGAAAACUGAUCCCAUGCCAUGGUUCAAAAUAUGCUUUUUAAAAUACACUGGGAUGUCUUCUUUAAGAAAUGGUAUGCCUUUAUGGUGUAGUUGGAAUAUAUAGCCUGCUAAAAUACUCCAAAAUGGGACAUGGACAUAGCGUAAAAAUUCAAAGUUUGAAAAAAAACUGGAAUGGCUGUUUCUCAAAUUUGCCCCUUCAAUGUCCACAUAUACCUGGCAAAAGGUACAUACGGGGGAAUUGCUGUACUCAGAUGACAUAGCUGAGCAACUUAUGAAGUAUUAUACAGCCGUAGCACACAUAAGAUUUGCAAAAUAUACUGUGCAAACUCACUUUGUGUGUCAGGCAGAAACAAUGCUUAUUACCACUACACUUGGUACAAACUAGUGGAAUAAUUAUCCUACGCUAAGAUACAAAAUAAGUACCACUUUUUCCCAGAGAUUUUCCCUCUCUAAAUAUGGCAGAUUGAUAACGUAACUUCCGUCUCAGAUGAUUCCGAUUAGCACUUACAUCAACGUAAAGAUUAUAUCAUCCGCUACAGUGGCGAUUGGCAUACAACCUACAGAACAGACCAAUGAGAGCACUCUUGUACAUUUAAAAAGCAGGACAGUAUACUUUGGUAGUUAUACCGAUUGAGAAAGACGUUCUUAGCGGUGAACUGCGUCUCGGGAGUUUUCAUUGUAAGAUUUAUAUUAUAUUUGUUUUUACAAAGUUGCAAUAAAUUCCUUGAUUUUAUCCUACAAAGACUUUAGAGACACAGAAGUCUACAAACUCUGAGCCAAGUAUAUUAGGCUCUGAAUAAGGUGAGCAGUUUGCAACUUCACAUAUUUGCACCUUGUAUUAUAUUGACACACUGCACUAGAUUCUCUCUUCUAUUUUGUGUAUUGCAAGUACAUCGUGAUACAAAGGAAGAGGGGAAGUGUUACCUUAGAACGCACCUACUAUGUGGCUCAGUUAAGAGACACAAUAACAAACAUGUACACAAAUAUAUAGACUGUAAGCCAGUUUGAGCAGGGUCCUCUUCAACCUAUCAUUCCUGUAAGUUUUCUUAUAAUUGUCCUAUUUAUAGUUAAAUCCCCCCUCUUAUAAUAUUGUAAAGAGCUAUGGAAUCUGUUGGCGCUAUAUAAAUGGCAAUAAUAAUAAUAUAUAUUAACUAUAAAACUCAGUGCAGAAACUAAUAAAACGAUCAGUGAUCAGGCAACAUGUCUAAUAACAUGAUGUACAAAACCCAACAGGCUAUCUUCUUUUAGAUAAAACAAUUAAUGGUUAAGUCAGUAUGCAAGUUAAAUACUGUACAUCAGACAGUUAAACAAAUAGAUGUUACAUCAGAAUCGCAUUACAACAAGCAGACAUAAGCAUGUGUUUUCUCUCAGCAGGCAGAUGUUUAAAACUCAAUUCGGUACUACGAAUGAGUCAAGUUAAAAUUAUACACUUUUACACCAUUGUCUAAUGACAAUGAUUCCUCUAACAAAAAAAGUAACGAAAGCUAAUCCUUAUUUCCCUGCUAAACUUUGUUUUCAUAUGUGAGACCAAAUCAUGAUUAUCAGCUUAUAAUUGUGGCAAAAUUUAAACUUGAGACUGUCAAUACAAUUAGGAGAACUUCUUUUAUCCAAUAUUGAUUUUAAUGUUAUCAUGCUAAAAGGGAAACUAUAGUGCUGGGAAAACACAUGAUUCAAGAACUGAAGACUCUUGGGGCUAGCUUGGAGUCAGUCUCUUCUCCUCUACCACUGUCAGCAGGCGGGGGAAACCGUGGCUGUGCUCGCAUCAUUGGGAAGAGCCGUCUCAAUAGAAUGGAGGGGACGGAAGCCAAAUUGGAGAGGAGAGAGUUGGAAUUGAGAAAGCAAGCCAAAUUUGUUAAGACAAGUCUUUCUGGAAGCUUUGAGGCGAAAGGGAGUAGGGCUAUGGCACUAUAGUUGGGUGAGAUGGGCCAAGAGAAGCAGUUGUCUUCCCUCCCACACAGAUUAAAGCCCCCUUCCCCUCCCCCCAUAUCCCCACUCUUUCUUUUUCUUUUUUUUUUAAAUCCCUCUCCCCCUCUUUGCAGGCUCAGUGCACAUGCGUAUGCUCUGAGCCUGUUAAACUGUGAUGUUAGACGGGGGGGUACACCAGGAAGCCUGGUUCUGGAUUAAGGUAAGUUAAACGUCAUUUAAAAAUGUUUGAGCAUUUAUUUGUGUGUGUGUGGGGAGGGGGUGGGUGGGAGGCUAGGCAAAAUAAUUAUGUCAACAGGGCAUUAUUCUGUUUUACACAUAAAAGGAUUGGAGAACCUCUUUAAGGGCAUUACUCUAUUUUAAACAAAAUAGGGCUGGAGAAACCCUUGAAGACUUUCCAUGUGGUCCUCCACAUGACAUUGAACAUCCUAAUAUUUUGAGUCUAAAACUCUGCACACACCAGGGAGAACCAGGCAUGAGCCAAUACCUGCGGCUAACCCUUUGUUAGCUUUCUCCAUAUUUAGUGGCCACAGAUUGGCUCUAUACAGUGGUAAAAUUGAGCGCUGCAUACAGCCCUUUAAAUCACCAUGGCAAAGCGAUCUCGCUCAGCCACUGUAAUUUUUGGGCUGGCUGCAGUCUGAAAAGACCUUUGCAGGGUCUCCCUGAAUGCCACCUUGCCCCUUAUGAGGUGUAUGAGCCGUUCCCUCUGGUUCAAAAAGCUGAUGAAACCUCACUGAUUACAUUUACCCCUUAUGUGUGGUACAGGAGUCUAAAGGUCUAUCCUGAUAGCAUUCAGGUGGUCUGUGGAACUUAGGUAAAUUACAUUUGAUCCCUUACACACCUCACAUUAAAUACUUUCUUCUGGUUAUUAGAAGUUAUGUAGGACACCAAUUACUUCUAAUUGCUCACUUGCAACCCUGCAUGGGGAAGGGGGCACUACUUGGAGAUCACUUUUGAUGGUUAGUAGAGAGUUCUAAAGAGAAACUCCCCUAUUCCGACAAUUCACCCCUUAGCUAAUUUGCCUAAUUUUUUCUGAAGAUACCACUAUCAUCAAAUUAAAAAUUACUACACGACUAUCCCAUGCAAACGUCUCUUGCAUAGGGACAUCACACAAUUUGAGUCACUCCGCUCAUCCCUCCAGCACGCAACAUCUCCUUGCUCUAUAACAUGCUCCUAAGGGGGUACAACAGACCACCCUUAAGGCUUACUGGAAAGUGGGAAAGUGAGACAGGAGAGGCUCUAAGAGCCCAGGACUAUGACAAAAUUUACAUACUCACACACAAAUGCUCAAUCAGCUCGAAACUCCAAGAAACGAGCUACAGGCUCCUAUCCAACUGGAACAGAACCCCUGAUACACUGCACCACAUAAACACAGGCAGCCCAAAUAACUGCUGGAGAUGCGGAGUGCAGGGCGGCACUAUGAUCCACAUAUGGUGGACUUGUCCAGUUAUAACCCCCUUCUGGAUGAUGGUAAACACUAAAAUCCGAGAACUCACGGACUCCGACCUACCACUCCAACCUCUCCCCAUGCUCCUGUAUGACACAGAUAUGACCAUUAAGACUUAUAAGAAAUCUCUGACCAUACACCUACUGACGGCGGUAAAAUCCCUUGUACCUAUGCUCUUGAAGCGGACGGAACGGGUGGACAGGGUGGGAGAGAUAUUUUCAAUGGUCGUUCAGACACCUUCAAUAAGACCUAGACCCCAUGGCUGUUGUAUACUGCCACCAAUGGCGGAAGCACCUAAAUCCCCUCUUCCACCCCCCCCAUAUCCCUCCUCUUCACACACCCUUUUUUCUCUUCUCUCUCUUUCUCUCUCUCUUUCUCUCUCUUAUUCCCAUAUCUCAGCUCACUGCCUGUCCCUCCCACCUCUUUCUUUUGUUCCCCCCCUCACCCCAUCCCGGACAGCUGAUCUCACCUCUACUUACAUGCCCCUGACUGACACCCAUGGAGAUUAACGGAUAGCGGUGGUUGAAGACUGUCGCCAGAACCUGUAGACGACCCAAGGUGACUCCACUGCGUCUAUAUACGUUACAGCCUCAAAGUACAGUAUUGUUACCCUAAUGAACCUCUGUGAGAGUAAUAGAGUACUUAUUGUCACUAGAUCGGUAUAAGCCACUGCUGCUAAACAUUAAUCAGUUACGGACCAUAAUGUACACAACUUUACUAUAUACCCUAUGUUGUAACGCUAUGUUCUUGAUAUUGUAAUUUUGCUCAUACUACAAUCAGUAACCACUCUGGAUUUUGCUAUAUGCUAUACUGUAAUGAUCCCCAAGCAGAAGUCAUUGAUCUGUUGUUUGCAAAACUCAAAUUCUGGAUACUUAUUCUAUACAACAUUUUACGGUUAACUAAGCAGAAACCCUUAAUCUAUUGUUUGAAAAAUCCUAAAUAAAGAUUGUCCAAAAAAAUAAAAUAUUCUUCCAGUUAAAGUUUUAAUCUUUUAAACCAUGAUCACUAAGUUGUCAUUGUGCAAAUAAUCUAUAUGUGCAGCAUAAAACACCUCCAAUACAGAGAAAUUUGGGCUUUGCUGCUGGUGUGUAACUGCACCUCUGACAGUUGCCAUCCAGUCAGUUUAGAACUCUUUUCUGGGCUGACUUAUGUCAAUUCUGUGCAUAAAUGUUCUGUGAAAAUGCCAACAAUGUAAAGGUCGAAGUCCUUUGUGCAUUAUGUUUCUUUCCUGCUUGGCUGCAGCAAUGCAUAGUGCUGGGGGUGCCUUUUGAUUGGGAGGUUGGAGGACAUUAUCAGCAAAAUGUUCUCUCUCCCUACGCUGUGUGCAUUAAGAGUGCAGUGUUUAGUGAUUCUGAUGUAUUUGAUUCAAUACAUCCCUAUCAGAACGAUUUGAUGGGCGUAUCAUGGUUAUUACCCCACCGGCGCCCUAGGUCCAAUAAGGCAUUCUUUUGAGAAAGCACUUGAUUGGACAAGCUAAUAAAUAAAAGUUGACGAAACUGUGCGCUGACUGGACUGUAGGGAGAAUUUGGGUCUCGGCUGAGGACUGAAGUUAAGUUUUUGGCUGUUAAACAUUUUUAAUCAGACGAAAUGGGGUAGGGGACACAAAUAUAAGGAAUCAAUAAGACAAGACCCAGUGGUAAUAACGAUUGUUUAUUGUAGUAACCCUUUAAUUGCUCACAUUGAGUUGAGUAACUCUCUCAUAACUGUGUGUUUUUAGUUGUCAUAGUUCAAAGAUAAUGUUUAACUAUGAAUUCUAACUGCAUUUUUGUAUUGUCUAUUGAUUGUUGUAUGUAAAAUAUUUUCAUUUCACUCCUCUACUCUCAACCCCUAUGUCGCUUGUUACCCAUUUUCUGAUAACACGUUUUAUGUUUUACUUCCUGUUUCACUCUAGCCUGAAAUCUCUUCUGUUAGAAGCUAUUCAGAGAGAGCCAGAGUAAGUGCAAAUAAGUGCAUAUAUUAAUUUGUUGUAAUCUUAUGGAGAGAACUUUGUUAUAUGUAUUAUGUCCUUGGUUAUCUGGUUUCUUUUCACUGGUAUUUUUUCAGUGGUUUUCUGAAUACAAGUUCUUGUUUCUUUUAUUUUAAUUUCACAGCAGAUGCAAUGUAUGUACAACAAUGAAUAUUCUGAGAAGGCUUGAAAAGAAACACUAUAGGGUCAGCAACACACACACAUGUAUUCCUGACCCUAUAGUGUUAAACUCACCAACUAGCCUCCCUGACGUCCCUUGGCCCAUAUUUAUUGCAAGAUCUUACUUUUAUUGCAGUCUGCUGCUGAUUGCUUUGCCCCGAUCUGCCAUCAUCAUAAGUAAUUCUCUGAGCCAAUCACAAUGCUUUCAUAUAUGAAAGCACGGGAUUGGCUAAGACUGUCAAGGAGGCAGAUCAGGGAUAAAGCCAGCACAAGUCAAACAUAGCCCUGGCCAAUCAGCAACUCCUUAUAGAGAUUAUUAUUAUUUAUUAUUUUGCAUUGAAUCAAUACAUUCUAUAUGAGAAAUAUUUAUUGUUUCCAUGCAGAGGGUGGAGACAGUGAAUGAUAAUGAGGUAUCCCCAGGGGACAAUGCCUUUUCUCUGAAAAAAAAAAAGUAUUCAUUGCAAAAAGCCUGAAGGGAAUUAUUAUACUCCCCAGAAUAAAUACAGUACGCCGUAGUUGUUCUGGUAACUGUAGUGUCCCUUUAAGAAUUCUUCUGUGCACGCUGUGGACAUCAACACAGUUUUGAUCUACCAAUGCUGAUUUAUUUUUCUACAUGGUAUAUAUGUAAAAUACAGCUGUGUGUAGUUUAACUCUGCCCCCUUAGCCAUGCCCAUUCAGCUCAAACAGUGAGAUUUUAGUAUGAGCUGAAUUGCUGACUUGACACUGCCCAACAGCCAGUUAUUGUCCUCAUGUUAUUUAUCUCCUUUCCCCUCACUACAGUUUGAUAUACUGUACUAGACAGAUAAGAACAGUGAUUGGUUGUGGGGUGUUAUCAUGUCAGCAGCUCAGUUCACACUGAACUCUCACUGAGUUCCACUGUUUACUAUUUACUUUCCAGUCAACAAGAUGUUUUAUGAAAAGUGGAGGAAUGGCUAAAGGGGUAGAGUUAUAAGGAAAGCUGCAAAACUUUAAAAGGUGGGUAUUGCCAGUUUCAUCAGCGUGUUUCAGUAUCCCAUGAAAAAUUGCAACACAAAAGCAUCUGUAGACUAAUAUACUAACAUGUUUUUUUGUUUGUUUGUUUUUUUCUAUUGCAUAGUAUGCCAUUCUUUUCAUAUAUGGCACCCAUUUUGUAUUUUUAAGAAAAAUCUGUUUUUGUCUGAAUAGAUUUCAAAUCCGAAUUUUUAAUUUUUUUUCCCUGGUAGUUUUCCAUCUCUGUUUUCAUAUUGGUCUUACUUUAUAUGUUUUACUGAUGGUGUGACUGUUUGCUGGUCUUAGGCACAAGGUGCGUUAUGCUCUUGCUCAACUAACGGCUGUGAUCUUGAGAAACGAAAAGUUGGAACAUUGGCCACAAUUCAUCCAAUUUGUACUUCAGACGUCUCGUAGUGCAGUUCCGGAACACCGUCAGGUCUGUAAUGAAUCUUUAUAUACUUAUUCUCCCUACAUAUUGCUUUAUAUUUUCACAGGUUUCUUUUUAUUUAUUUUUUUAAUGUGAAUUUUGUGUGCCUGACUUUAUGCUGUUUCUCCCAAGGCUUGUUUGUUUUAUACAGUGUUUCCACAGCCUUUCUCAACCGUCACUUUCCCUCUAGGUGAUCUGUUUUCCAGAUCAUUUUAGCUCUUACCUAUGUUGUCUGUGCUUUAAAUGAACACUUUAACGUUAUGUUUUCAAAUGCAUUCACAACGUUUACAGAAAGGGUUAUUCACUAAAGAGUUUAUAGAAUUUAGAAAAGAAUUGACAAUGAAUUCAAAGUGAAUUUCAAAUUUAAGGCCAAGGUGACUAAACUGAAAGCAUAUAUUUUCCAGUUUUACCAUUUUGACCUUAAAUUUUAAAUUAAUUUCCAAUUCACUUUCAAUUCUCACUUGAGUAAAUAACCCUGUAAUUAAAUUUGGAACCCUUCAAAUGUAAAGUUAAGUAGGUGUAUUAUAUUUAGUCCCCAGGAAAGCUGGUCAUGUCACAGAAGGCGCUUGUCCUCUGACUGAGAUCAUCAUUACAGAUGAUAUCAGCCAUUCUAAUGCAUAGGAAAGCAAUGCAGAGAUCAUAGGACCGAUUCGAGUAGUGCCUCUAUCAGAGUGAACCUUUGGAAGCAAUGUAAAGGAGGCAGCGUUUGCAUUGCUCAGUCUGCAAGGACAGCCUUGUUUCACCACAACCACUACAUUAAACUGCAGUGGCUCUGGUGCCACGUGACUAGUUUUGUUACCAAAUUUCAUCUUUUGUUUAUCACAUACUGACCUUUAAAAAAAUAUACUUUAUAUUUUUCAUUUUCUUUGUUUCUAAGCUUUUGUUAUUGCUUUUGAUAUCUCGACAUUUUGAAUAAUAUUGACAUGGAACUAACUCUCUGUCUUUCUUGAAAUUGAUUGAUUUUCACCACCGUUUUCUUUUAAUUUCUCCAAUAUGGAUCUCUGGCAGGUUGGUCUCCUCGUUCUCAAGUGUGCUCUGGAUCUCAGCGCUGAACUGUUCAAAACUCACUUCCCUGACUUGAUCAAAAUGUUUCACCAUACUCUGAAUGAUCUCCAGAAUCCUCCAGUUCUCUUCUAUACUCUGCAGUCUCUCACCAGUGUUGUACCAGAAAUGGCAAGCAAUGAAAUUGUGAGUGCCAGAUUGCCCUGCCUUUUGUCUUUUUUUUUUUUUUCUUCCGUGUACAUUGCAUAUAUCUAUCUUCAGAUGUAUAUAAUAUUUUGUCUAAUAUAUAUAUAUAUAUAUUUUUCUUUUUCAAAGAAUCUACUAAGGUCUCUUAUUGCAAAGAUUCUAACCGCCAUCAGACACCUGAUACAAAGCAAUGAGGUAAUCCUAAUAUGUUCACUGUUUUCUUUCCUUCAAAGUAACACUGGCUUAAUGCAGCACUAUCACUGCUUAGAAUUUUGCACAUCCCAAUAUUAACUGAACUUAUGAGUUGUGCUUUUAUCUUGAUAAAAUUCUCAGUUUUCAUUUUCAACUUCCAAGACAUUGCUGGUUAUACAAGAACAGCAUGUGAAUUACAUGUACCAUCGUAUUGAUGUACACACUGGUGCAUGCAUAUGCACAGCACUAUUAAAGGCAUGACUGAUUGCCUGUAUGUGUUUCUCUGGAGCAUAUAGUGUGACAAUGUCGCCCUGAACAUUGAAAAGCCUCUGAGGUACAUAUUUUCUAAAAUUAUUUUUUUAAACCCUUAAGAAUGCCAGGCAUUCUAUGCCAUCCUCCAGAAGCCAGGCUUUAUCACCACUAACUUUGGCCAGGAUUUGUGACCAAGUGGCAACUAAAAAACUGGUCAUACCCUAUUUUGAAUACUGUGGGUUGUCUGCUUUAACAAAUGGUAUGCCAUGAUGGGGGUAAUUCUCAUUCCCAGGCUACCAUAUGGAUUCAAAGUCAGCGUAGCUGCAGCAAACCAAUCUGGCAAACUGAAAUGGGCAAGCCCUAUAUUUGGACUUUUCAAAAUCCCAUAAAACCUGUACAUGGGAGUUACUGUUGUACUCGUGAGACAUCGCUGAACACAAAUGAGUGUUUUAGAUAGGGAUUGACCGAUAUUGAUUUUUAGAGCCUAUACAGAUACCGAUAAUCUGUGAAUUUUAAGGCCAAUAGCCGAUAAUUUACCGAUAUUCUGUCCAUUUACCAUUUUGAAAAAAUACACUAUUUCUAAAGGUAAAUGCACAAAAUACACAUGUCACAUGUAGUGGAUGCAGUGUGUUUAGACAGGGGGUCUGUGUGUUUGUGUAGUGUGUGGUAUAUAAUGAAUGCAGAGUGUGUUUGUGUAGUUUGUAUAGGGAAUGCAGUGAGUGUGUGUAUAUAGUGAAUGCAGAGUGUGUGUGUGUGUAGUGUGUAUAUAGUGACUGCAGUGUGUGUAGUGUGCGUAAAGUGAAUGCAGUGUGUGUAUAUACCGAAUGUAGUGUGUGUAUAGUGAAUGCAGAGUGUGUGUUUUUCUGUAGUGUGUUUAUAGUGAAUGCAGAGUGUGUGUGUUUUUCUGUAGUGUGUUUAUAGUGAAUGCAGUGUGUGUAUAUAAUGAAUGCAGAGUGUGUGUGUGUUUGUGUAGUGUGUGUAUAGUGAAUGCAGUGUGUUUGUGUAGUGUGUGUAUAUAAUGAACGCGCAGUGUGUGUAGUGUGUGUAUACUAAAUGCAGUGUGGUUGUGUGUGUGUGUGUAUAUAAUGAAUGCAGAAUGUGUGUGUGUGUUUUAGUGAAUGUGGUGUGUGUAUAUAAUGAAUGCAGUGUGUGUUUGUGUAGGUAUGUAAGUUGGGGGAGAGGGGGCAUUUUUUAUUUUACAUUUUUUUAAAAUAUUAACAUUUUUAUUUAUUUUUUAGUCCCCCUCCCUGCUUCUUACUUGGCCAGGGAGGGGGGAUAUGGCAUUUCCUGGUGGUCCAGCGGCCAUGCCGUGGGGGACCAGCAAGCACUUGCUUACCUUCCCAGCAGCUCUCUUCAGCUCCCCGGUCUAACUCUCCCGUGGAAACUCUCUGACUGCCACAGGACUCGCGAGAUUUAGACCGGGGAGAUGAAGGGUGCUGCUGGUAAGGUAAGUAAGUGCUUGUUGCGGGCCCCCCCAGGACCGCCAGGCUUGUAAUGGGCCCGGCGUUCCUGGUAUGUAUUAUCGGCAAUAUCGGUAUCUCUAUAGGCUGAAUAUCGGCCAGACCGAUAAUUGGUUGAUCCCUAGUUUUAGAAUAAAAUUUAUAUUGACAAUAUAAUUUUUAUAUUUAUAUAUUUUUAUGUGAACAGUGCAAAGAACAAAUAUGAAUACUAACUUUGAGCAGCAUUUUUGACCAAGUAGCUGCAAAAACUGACUUGAAGUACCCCAUCUUGAAUACCCCGGGUUGUCUACUUUUGCAAGUGGUAUCCCAUGAUGGCGUAAUUUUCAUUCUUGGGCUAAAAAAAUUGUCUCAAAGUCAACAUAAUCGAUCUGGCAAAUUUCAAUAAGUAAAUACUGAAAUUGGCGUCCCAUACAAACUAUACGGGGGGUUCUGUUGUACUCGUGAGACUUAGUUGAAUUUAAAUAUGAGUGUUUUAGAGCAAUUAAUAGUAAUAAUUUUAAUUAUACCAACGGUGAAAAGGCCAUUUUAUUUUUGUUAAGAAUGCAAAAAACAAAUAUGAACACUAUCUUUGGCCAUAGUUUGUGACUAAGUGGCUACUUAAAAGGAAGACUGGGCAUUCCUCAUUUUGAAUACCCAGUAAAAACUAACAGUAUUAUGACAUUCACUGUUAAAAUGCCAUGUAGAACUAAGAAAAUAGCACAAUCUCUUGAUUUCUCACUUUUUUAUUUUAUUUUAUUCAUAUUAAAUUGUUUAAUAUAUAAAUAUUUGAUGUGAAAUGAAAGCCCUGUUUCUCCUGAAGAAAAGGACAUAUCAUAAGUGUCGGUGGACUUAAUAUGAAAGCGGAAGGUUAUGGUUGAACAGUCAUAUAGUUCAAAUGCCUGGUUUUGUUUUGAUCAAAACUUGUACAAUACCCUCUGUCCUUAAGGGGUUAAGACUUGCUAAGUAACUGAUGAUUGCUAUUCUGUCCGGAUAUGUAAAACUAUAGAAUUCAAAGAGGGUGUACUGUUUUUUUUCCAUGACUGUACGUGUAUAUAAUAAUGUCUAUGUAAUCUAUCUUUCUCUUUCCUCCUAAAUCUAUCUUCUUCCUCUCUCCCUGAUUCAUUUUCUCUCACUCUCCCCCUUAAAGCAUUUCUGAGCAAAACGGCAUAUACAAUUCAAAGUUAAGUUGUGAUAUAGGCUUAAAGCGCAGAUAAGGCACAGGUCUCAUAGCAAAUAGAUACCAUUUUCACAGAGGGUCGUAGUUAUUCUGUGUAAGGAUCACAAAGUAAGGGUCGAGAGAGGUAAAAAAACAAAUACCGUAUAUACUCGAGUAUAAGCCGAGUUUUUCAGCACAUUUUUUUUAUGCUGAAAAAGCCCCCCUCGGCUUAUACUCAAGUCAGGGUCUGUAUUAUGGCAACUUACAUUGCCAUAAAACAGACCAGGACCGCCGGGCUCAUUACAGGCCUGGCGGUCCUGGGGGGGGCGGCAGCAAGCUGUUACUUACCUUGCCAGCAGCUCCCUUCAUCUCGCUGUGUAAAUCUCGCGAGUCCCGCAGCCGUCAGAGCGUCGCCACGGGUUACCAUGGCAAUGCUCCGCGCGGCACACAGACUGUGAGAUUUACCCAGGGAGCUGCUGGGAAGGUAACAGCUUGCUGCCGGUCCCCCUACUGCUCAGUACAUGCCACUGGACCACCAGGGAAUGCCAUAGCCCCCCUCCCUGGCCAGGUAACAAGCAGUGAGGGGGGACAAAAAAAAAAAAGUUAAACAAUUAAAUAUUACAAUAAAAAUAUUAAAAUAAUAAAAAUGCCCUCCCCCCACCCAGUUUACACACUCUGCAUCAUAUACACACACACUCUGCAUUAUAUACACACACAUUCUGCAUUCAUUAUAUACACACACUACACACAAACACACACACACUUUGCAUUCAUUAUAUACACACACUGUAAAUAAAUAUUCAAUUAAUGUAAUUUUAUUGGGAUCUAAUCUUAUUUAGAAAUUUACCAUUAGCUGCUGCAUUUCCCACCCUAGGCUUAUACUCGAGUCAAUACAUUUUCCCAGUUUUUUUGUUGUUGUAAAAUUAGGGGCCUCGGCUUAUAUUCGGGUCGGCUUACACUCGAGUAUAUUAUUUAUAUAUAUAUAUAAAAACAAAAGCCUUGCACUCCUACUUACAAAAAUGUAGAACCCGGUGCUAGAUUGCACUAGACAUGCAGAACAUAAAAAAAUUAUGCACUCCCAGGAUUUUUAAAUAAAGCUUCUUUUUACUCCAAAAUAUCGACGUUUCAGUUCCUACCAGAAACUUUCAUCAGGAUAUCCUUUAUUUAAAAAUCAUGGGAGUGCUGAUAUUUUUUCUGUUCUGUGUGUAUAUAUAUAUAUAUAAUUUUUAUUUUUAAAUACCUUGCACUAUUCCUUAGAUGCAGAAAAUAUUCAGUUGCCUAGGUGCUAACAUCAUUGCAUACAUACAUUGCAAAAAUAGGGUGCACUCAAAGGUCUCAAAAAAUUUAACUUUUUUUUUGUAAAUAUAGUCUUUAUUCACAAAUUUUAUUUAAAGUACAAAAGAUUGAGAAAGCUAUACUGCUUUGGUGUAUACAAUGGUUGUUCAGGACUGUAUGAUCACCUCUGAGACUCGCAGAUUCUCAUUGUACAGGAUGUAGCUUUAAUUGUUUUAAAUAUUACAUAAACAUAUGGAUCAACUUUGACCUAUUCAGGAUCUCAAAAAAUACAUAUCAUCCUUUGAAUUUGUUCUUCAGGUUCAGGCUUGUGAGGCAAUGGAAGUUUUUGAUGAGCUAAUGGAAGGAGAAGUGUCGGUUGUUGUGCAUCACCUUGCUGAGAUUAUUCCUUUCUGUUUGGAGGUACAAAUUUAUAUUGCUAAAAUUAAUUUUCGUAUUAAGUGUGGGGAAAAAAUCAUGCAUUAAUCAGAUACAGAUUUAUCUGUCAAAAAGUCCUGGAUUUAAAUGAUCUACGGGGGUUGUCACGGUAAGUGGAGGUGUGGCUAUUGUUGCAUAAACAAAGUGAUUUAACUCUUAAAUGGCAUGUAAUUGAGCAGAGAGAGUGCAGCGUAUGAUCUCUACAACAACUGCUUCAUUAAGCGUUUUAUAUGUCUCUUUAUAUAUUUCUCCCCCGAUUUAUUUGUCUAAAAUCCUAUAAAAUAAUGUAAAAAGUUUAAGUGAAUCCAAGUUCUCCAAGAACCACUCCCCACAGUCUCCGACAUGCCACUGCAUCACCCGUACCCUGUUCAAGGUUCAGUUAAAUGCUUCUUAUAAAUAAGUAUUGUCGAACCCUGGGCAUGUGCAUGGUGAGUGCUGAUACCAGUUACUCAUCUGCAGUGAAUCCUACUCUGUGCAUGUGCACAAUGUGUACGUUCAUGAGUGGCGAAAUUAGCGGAGUGAAAUCACUUUUCAUUGCUAAAGCCAAGGAGGGAGGGAGGCGAGGCUGCACAGAAGGUUGUGCAGGAUGUAGAAAAGGGAAUGGAAAAAAUACAAAAUAUGAUGUGAGGAGGGCUAAUGUGCAAAACAGAGGGAAGGGACAUAAUUACAGUGAGACAGUUAUUUGGUCUAUGUGUGCGCAAGUGCAGUGCACAUAGUACCACAUGCGCUACCUGUAAGUGAAGAAGCUCUUUACAUCCAUCGCACGCAGUGUGUGCUUGCUGACGAAUAUUUUUAUGUAGAGACCUGACAGCCAGUGCAGAACAGUGUUUUGGCAUGCUAGUUCAUGUGUCGCAGGGUUAACUGCACAAAUUCAAACAUUUCUCUGUGUAGGCAGCAUUUUAAGCUAAAGUUACUUUGAUGCCUAGAGUGUCCCUUUUACUUAUACAUGUAGUGUUUUUCACUAUAUGACAUUGUUGAUAAGAUUCUCUUGCACUUUGGUGCGUUAGAAACUGGACUGGUUUUUGCAUAGCUAUGUAAAAGUUGUAGAUAAGGCUUCAUAAAUUCCAAGGUAAUUUGAUGGUUUGAUAAUAAAAUCAUUGCACCUGUUCCUAUACAGUUGGCGGUAAACACAUCCCUUUCUGAUAAUCUCCGUGUGAAGGCUCUAUCCUGUCUCAGCUUCCUUAUCAAAUUGAAGAGUAAGGUAAAUUUUCUCUUAGUUUGAAUGAAUCAUUUUAUCUAUUCUUUGUCCUCUGGCAUAAGUAUUAACAAAAGCCAAUGCCAGCAAUUCAGUGGAGCAGUGUAAAAAAAAAAUCAAAUAUAGCAAUAUUUAAGAAAGAGAUGUAACUGUAUAAAGCUAGACCAUAAACAAUCCAUGCAAGUGAAUGAGACUGCUGGUGCAGGAAUGGAUUUAUAUGUUAGCUGCCUGUGUGCAUAGAAUUCUAUGGUUACAUAAAACCACCUCUUCAGUCAGAAAUGUCACAUACUUAUUGUUCUUUUUGUAGAAAAACCCUUUCUUUUGCCAUAGACUAAAUCUCCUUUCUUCCUUAUUUUAUCCUGACUGUGUGUUCCUCAGUCCAUCCUAAAGCAGAAGCUGCUGACUCCAAUUCUUAGUGCUCUUUUUCCCAUCAUGUGUGUGGAGCCUCCUCCUGGCCAGAUGGAUCCUGAGGACCAGGAAGAUGAGAGUGAGAUACUGGAGGAGGAGACUGAAGUGCAGACCCCUAAACACUUUGCAGUUCAGGUUGGUAUUUAUAUGACUGCAAUUAAGAAAGCUCAGUGUUGAGGGAAAUGUGUGUUCACGAUAUCCUUUGCAUUACAGGUCAUUGACAUGCUAGCCCUUCAUCUACCUCCUGAGAAGCUCUUCCCUCAACUGGUAAAUCAUCAAAUACUAAAUGUCCCUUUUUACUAAACAACUUUCUUCUGGUUAAUAUAUAUAAUAUUUCUCAGUUGCGAUUGACAGACUGUCUUCUGUUGCUCAUUAAUUCCAUUCACUCUCUUUGAGUCACAUGUUUGUCUCACAGUAAAUUAUCAGAUUUUUUUUCCCCUGGGGUAUAGCUGUAAUACACAAAAAGGUAUUUGCCUUGCUAUUGGGGUGGUAAAAGUAGGGGAACUAUUAACGUAAAAAGAUGAGUUGUCCUUUACACCCUUUUGGUGAAAAGUGACCAUUUAUUUCCAAGCAUAUCCAAGCCAGAAGCUAAGCAUGUGGAUCUUUUUUGGUGAUUAGGUAUGCCAUUUGGUUUGUUUUUGAUAGUGGACACCACCUUAAAUUCACUGUGUGAUUUUUAAUUUUUUUUAUUUUUUUUCGUUAGAAAGAGAUAUGCAAUUUGGUUUGGCUCUGGAUGAGCUAAUAAAGCUCUAAAACUAAGGCCUUUCAGCAAGAAAGAAAAUACUCUAGGGGGAGCAAGAUCAUUGUUUGUUUUGUUUUUCCUGUUUUUAUGACAGCAGAGAUGGAAGGUGUCAGCCAUUUAGUAGAAAAUCACAGGACUCUAGACCUAGAGACAGGAACCAUCUUUCCUAACAGGAGAAACUUAAGAAGUUCUCAGAAAAUUCAAAACCUUGCUUAUUUUGCACAGAAAGCAAAUCCAAAAGACAAUGCCAAGCAUUAUUUUAAGAAAUACUAAAACUUAUAUCAAAGGCCAUAAUUGAGAGUUCUAAUCCUAGAAGAAUUUCAGGUGUGAACUCCCGGCAGUUCUUGGUAAAAGAAUUGGACAGGCCUUUUUGUAUUUUGCUUGAUUUCAGAUCAAAUGUUUUUCAGGGAAACUAUUGUUAGUCACUCCCAUCCCACAAAGGUAUGAUUUUGAGAGCGAUCUGGAAGUAUAUUUAGCGAAUACAUAAAGCUUCAGAAAAUCACAUCUGCUUCUCAAUUUCAGAGGCAAGAACAAGCCUUAAAAGUGGCUUUGGCAAGAUGCAAAGCAAUUCAAUUCUCCUACAAGUCAGUAGGUGAAAUCCCACCUAUCAAGCUUAAAGGUAGUGCCCUGAGGGUGCCCCCACCUUCAGGGACCCCCUCCCGCCCGGCUCUGGAAAGGGGAAAAGGGGUAAAACUUACCUUUUUUCCAGCGCUGGGCGGGGAGCUCUCCGCCUCCGAUCCGCCCCGUCGGCUGAAUGCGCAUGCGCGGCAAGAGCUGCGCGCACAUUCAGCCGGUCGCAUAGGAAAGCAUUAUCAAUGUUUUCCUAUGGACGCUGGCGUGCUCUCACUGUGAUUUUCACAGUGAGAAGCACGCAAGCGCCUCUAGCGGCUGUCAAUGAGACAGCUGCUAGAGGCUUUGGGGGAAGGCUUAACCCAUUGAUAAACAUAGCUGUUUCUCUGAAACAGCUAUGUUUAUAAAACAAUGGGUUAACCCUAGCUGGACCUGGCACCCAGACCACUUAAUUAAGCUGAAGUGGUCUGGGUGCCUAGAGUGGUCCUUUAAAGGCCAGUUUACUCAGGAAUUGGCUACUGCUUGGACAGAAGGAGCUUGUGCACUUCUGGAUAAAAUAUGCAUUAAGGCCAUGUGGUCAUUAACGCAUACAUUCACAAGACAUCUUGUCAUCAAGUAAGCUUCAUUUCGGUGAAAGGCGUUGCAAGCUGUAUUUUACAGUUUGUUACAUCCCAUUUAUGUACUGCCACUAUAUGCGAAGGAAAACAGAAAAUUUAUUUUGUUGGUGGCAGUAAAAUUUUGCUCCAUGUUCACAUUUUGGCGUAAAUAGUUUUGUAGUGCUUUAUUACUAUUGAUGCAUCCUAAUAAGAUCAGUUUUUCGUUGUUUUUUGUUUUUUAAAGGGACACUAUAGGCAUUAAGACCUUUAACUCAUUGACAUUAUAUGGGUGCAUAGUCCCAGUUCCCUUAACCCUGCAAAGGUAAUUAUUGCAGUUUACAAGAAACUACGUUAAACUACAUUAAUUACCUUUGUGGGUCUACCAGACAGCCAGUAGAGGGACCUCCAGGUACAAUGACAUGGCACCCAGACCCCACUUCAAAUGAGAUAAGGUGACCUUUUAUCUUGACUUCGUGUUGCUCAGUCCAUCCUCAGACCUGACUGUGUGUUCCGUAGACAUUUACGCUUUUGUCUUCAGCUGUGUCAUGUUCCUUCCAACUCCAGAGCCAUUCUUCACUAGUGUGUUAUUUGCUGGCUUUGUUUGUCCCUCAUUUACCAGUUUUUGCGUUACUGUUUCCUAUCUCUUCUUUUCCCCAGACACCCCUUAUGGAACCCUGUCUCCUUAGUUCAAACCCAUACCAGAGGAAGGCUGGUCUUAUGUGUCUGGGUGUGCUGAGUGAAGGUUGCGCUGAACACAUUCGCAGCAAGUACGUGUCACAAAUUUGUCAGUGGCCUAGUGAACAGAUAUUCUUUUGUUAAUUUGUCUUGAUAAUGUUUUCUUAACCACACAGCCUCUUAACUAUUUUCUUGUACCUUUCCUCCAGUAUGAAUUAAUGUAUCUCUCUCAUUUAGGCAUCUAAAGUCUAUGCUGAAAGUGGUGUGUGAAGCCUUGUCAAAUGAAAGUCAAGUUGUGAGAAAUGCUGCACUUUUUGCUUUGGGACAAUUUUCUCAAAAUCUACAGGUAUGUGUUUGUUUUUGUGUGUGUUUAUUUAACCCCUUAAAACCGGAGGGCAUACUAUUACGCCCUAUUCUAAGCGGCUCUAAACGCUGCAGGGCAUAUUAGUACGCCCUCCGUUUUUUUGUUACUUACCCGGUCGCCGGCAAUCCCACGCCAGCGAUCGCGGUUGGGGAGAUGUGUGUUAUUUCGUUCUAACUGUAUUGUGAUAUUAAUAUAUAUUUAAAUCAAAAUACACGUAUAACGAAAUAAUAUAUAUAUCUAUAUACAUAAAUAUAUACGUAUAUAUCACUAUAUACCUAUAUAUAAAUAAAAAUAUUUUUAAAAAAAAAUUAUAUAUACAUAUAUUAAUUCUAAUAAAUAAAUAGUACUACCUAGUUAGACAACCCAACUCGGAGUACCAAAACAUGGGUGAAUGAGGUGGCAAAAGGGCAUAACCCUAUAGUGGAUACAAAAAAGAAAAUAGCAAAAGUGGAGGAUUGAUCGCCUCGUAGGAAGAUCGGGCUGAUCACCUCCAAGCCACCUCAAAACGACGUUUCAAAAAUAAUAAACAAAUUUAUUGAGAAACCUUAUUAAAAUCAAAAAGGAAAACACAUCUAUUUCUAGAUAAAAUAAAUAACUGGAGCCCAAUAUAUACGGAAAGAAUGACUGAUGUAUAAAUAUGUAUAUAUACUGUGGUAUGGCAGAUACCUAUAAAUAGAGUAUAGUGCAUAUAUAGAUACAUAAAAACCGUAAAUUGUAUAUUGCAAGCCCAAUACAGAAUAUAAAAUAUGGCUAAACUAUAGAUGCAGUACUAUAAAAAGUACCUAUGCAAAGGAAUAGAAGGUAAAUGUAGUAGUACAUAUAUAAAGAGCCAUAAAUUCUGCACUAAAAAACUAAUUGCUGCAAAGUGUGGCUACAUAAACCAUAUCGGAAUGUGGAAGAAAUCGUAGUAUAAUGAAACAAUGAAUUACAGUAUAAAGCCACACUAGUAGCCAAAAACUCUGCUGCUGUACCUACAGGGUUAAAUUUAAAUGGAAAUCGAAAGGAUAGAGAAGGGCAUAAAUAGAAGAAGAAAAAUAAAGCAGAAAGACCUGAUAGUUGAUCUAAAUACAAAAAAACUCGGUCUAAAUGCCUAAACCCAAUAAACAGCCCACCUAUCACUGAGUAGGAUGACCAGAGCUACGAAAACGCUCAGUGUCACUAAACCAUACUGUAGGGAACAAAGAAAAACAAAAUAAACUCAAUCAGCUACAUAAAAUAGCCCAUAGCCCAACGCGCGUUUCGGUGGAUAAACCACCUUUCUCAAGGGCACAAAGUGAAAUGAAGCAAACAGAACAAUCCCCCUUACUCCAUUAUAAACGUUAAAAGUACCUCCCAAUUCAUCUGAUUCGUCCAUGUAUCUCAGGGGAGGAGGGACGAAGAAUAGCCACUUGUAUCACUAAUCCGUGCGCAUAUCUAUCCACGCGCAGGCGCGCCGACUUAGUGUCAGGCUAGAUAUCAACUAGAACUGCGCAUGUCAAAAGACCGCGCAUGCGCACAUCAAUAAACCCGUUGCCAGGGUAUCAGUCAGUGCGCAUGUGUGAAUAUGCACAUAGUGAACAUAGCGUACACGAUGUAAUACAUAUGCCGGUAAGAUAACAAGUCAAAAGGAACAAGGUGCUACGUUAAUUAAACAUAGUGGCAUUCAAAAAUAGGGAGUAAAGAAGGGGUAGAAAGUUCAGAAUAUACAUAACUAAAUAGAUAGAUAAUCAAACAGAAAAGAAAUUAAAUGUUGCGUUCCCAUCAUAUUUACAGUGAAUCACAAACAUACAUUAUAUAGAGACAAGAGUGGUAUUAUAAAUAUAAAUAACUAAUGAAUAAAUAAAAUAAAUUAAAGUAAUAAUGAACAUAUAUACACAACUCUAUUCAUUAUCCAGUGGUAUAACUAAUAGAUUACAAACAACAAGAUCCCUAUCAACCUAUAAAUAUUGACAUAGUCUAUAAAUAUAUUAUAUUAUAUUGGAUUGGUGCGGGGAAAUGUAUAUAGAUAUCUACAUAUGUAUAUAGAGAAAAUACAUACAUCAGAAUUCGGAGGACGCUCUAUAAAUUUCCUUGAUGUCACCAUUAGUAUCAGUGAAGAUGGUACAUUCCACUCUACGCUGUUUCGUAAACCUACAGCAACCAAUUCCCUUCUACACUGGACUAGCCAUCAUCCGCGGCCCCUUAAACAGGGUAUACCGGUAGGCCAAUAUCUUCGCCUUCGAGUUUUUGGCUACUAGUGUGGCUUUAUACUGUGAUUCAUUGUUUCAUUAUACUACGAUUUUUUCCACAUUCCGAUAUGGUCUAUUUAGCCACACUCUGCAGCAAAUUAGUUUUUUAGUGCAGAAUUUAUGGCUCUUUAUAUAUGCACUACUACAUUUAUCUUCUACUCCUUUGCACAGGUACUUAUUAUAGUACUGCAUCUAUAAUUUAGCCAUAUUUUAUAUUCUGUAUUGGGCUUGCAAUAUACAAUCUACGGUUUUUAUGUAUCUAUAUAUGUAUUAUACUUUAUUUAUAGGUAUCUGCCAUACCACAGUAUAUAUACAUAUUUAUACAUCAGUCAUUCUUUCCGUAUAUAUUGGGCUCCAGUUAUUUAUUUUAUCUAGAAAUAGAUGUGUUUUCCUUUUUGAUUUUAAUAAGGUUUCUCAAUAAAUUUGUUUAUUAUUUUUGAGAUGUCGUUUUGAGGUGGCUUGGAGGUGAUCAGCCCGAUCUUCCUACGAGGCGAUCAAUCCUCCACUUUUGCUAUUUUCUUUUAUAUAUUAAUUGUGACCAAAUGGCUACUAAAAAAGACUGGACAUACACCAUUUGCAAUACCUUGGGUUGUCUACUAUUGCAAAUGGUAUCCCAUUAUGGGUGUAAAUUUAAUUCCUGGGCUACUAUACAGUCUCAAAGGCAACGUAACCAAUCUGGCGAAUUUCAAUUUCAAAUGUAAUGCGCUAUAUUUGACCCUGUAACUUCCCAAAACACCAUAAAACCUGUACAUAGGGGGUACUGUUUUACACGUGAGACUUUGCUGAAUACAAAUAUGUGUAUGUUAUUGCAGUAAAAGCAAACAGUAUUAUGACAUUGACAGUUAAAAUGUCAUGUAGAACUAAAAAAAUAACAUUUCUUAUUUUCUCCCAUUUUUUUCAUAUUAAAUUAUGUUUCAUAGCUAAAUAUUUGAUAUUAAAUGAAGGCCCUGUUUCCCCUGAAUAAAAUGAUAUAUAAUAAGGGUGGGUGCAUUUAAUAUGAAAGAGGUGAAUUACGGUUGGACAGACAUAUAGCGCAAAUGCCAGGUUUUGUUUACGUUUUGUUUUGUUCACAACGUGUAUAUUUGGCUUAGUCCUUAAGGGGUUAAGGGACAUCCUUGACACCAUAAUUACUAUAGCACACUAUGGAGCCAGGAGACCCCAGUCCCCAUUCACUGGUAACCUGUCAAAUAGUUUAUACAUAGUUUCAAACUUAUCUUACUGGGUCAGGUGCCCACAGGGUUUCUGUUUUACUUUGUCUUAUAAAAAUUAUGUUGAUAUUACCUUAUUAUCAUACUCAUAUAUACCAUGUUUAAACAGCGUUCAUUGGCUGAUGGCCAUCAGCUUACACCAUUAGCCAAUAAAAAAACAAGGUGCAAGAGAGUACUGAGAACGGACACCAGCUCAAAUAGCCUUCCCUUCGGUGGGUCCCUGCUCAGAUCUCAAGCUAGUUUUAGCUCAUCUUGUGCCAUUACAAAAAGAACCAGGCCAUUUGCGUAUCAGAUUGAUUCCACCCAAAUGGCAGACCAUAUCCAAUAUGCAAGCCGGCUCUCUCUGCACGAGAGAUACAGCAACACCAGAUGAUCGUUUCAACCUUGUUAGGCAUCAUCAGUGAGGUAUAGCAGAUAUCCCGCUAGGCACCGUUAGCAAGGGGUCCACGUCUAGAUUACCCUUUAAACUUAGGGAGAGCAAUUUUGCUCAUCUUGUGCAAUUUCAAAAUGAACCUGGCUAUUUGCGUAUCAGACUGUUCCCCAACUUGAGAUCUCAGCUGGGAAACUCCAAAGGGCAGGCUAAUUUAGCUGUUGUCCGUUCUCAGUUCUCUUUUGCAACUUGUGCAGAGAAAGCCGGCCCGCAUAGUGGAUCUGUUUUGCCCUUUUGGGUGGGAGUCUGAUAUGCAAAUGGGCCUGGUUCUUGUAGUAGCUGUUGUCCGUUCCCAGUACGCUCUUGUAACUAGUUUUUUGCUAUGUUUAAAAAUAAGACUUGGUACGGUAAUGCAGAAGAAUUUAACUUUCAGACAGAAAACGAAUGGACUCGAUAUGCCCCUCUAGCCUAUUUUCCUCUUUGUCACAUGGUGUCCACACUCUUCCUUUCCUCCUCUGCUCCUUGCUAUUUUCCCAUUCUUCUCCUGAUUUUUAUUCAUUUGCAUCUCAUAUCGAAAUUGUCAUUGAUUUUAAUCUUAUUGUUUUUAAACUUCUGGUCUCUCUCAUUCAUAUUUCUUUUCUUUUGUUCCCCAUUACGUGAUUGCCCCUUGAUUUUUUUUAAAAUUUAUUUGUUUUAGCCGGAUAUCAGUGAAUAUUCAGAUUCAGUACUUCCUCUUCUGCUGGGGUAUAUUUCCCAAGUUGAUCCAUCCCAUACUGCACAUCUAACAAAAGCCUAUUAUGCACUGGAGAACUUUGUGGAGAAUCUCGGUGAGAGUUGUUAAAGAUUACAUGAUAUUAUCAACAAUAAGUGGAGUUACAGUACGGGGGAGGUAUUAAGGAUUAUAGAGAAUAAGGCUGAUAACUGCAUUUGAUUCCUAACAGGUUUCUUAGGAGGAAUAAUUGUGAGAUGUUAUAUAAUGUUGUAAAAUGGGUUGUGUGGGGCCAUGUAAAGAGUUAAUGGUUAUGAUGAAGUUCAAGCAAGUAACUAGUCAUAAGCGUUUUGGUGAGAAAACUUGACACUGAAUAAUAAUCGGCAUUUCUGCAGGCAGUAAGAUUGAACCAUACCUGCCCACUCUUAUGGAACGGAUCUUGGUGUCCCUAGACAACUCGAACAGUAACAGAGUGAAAGAGCUGUCAGUGAGUGCUCUUGGUGCUAUUGGUGAGGAAACAAACCGGUGCAUUGUUAUUUUUUUUUCUCUUUUUCCUGUAGCCCAUCUCUUAAAGCCACCUUGACUCUGCCAUUAUUUAUUAUUCCCUCUCUGUUGUGCCAAGUUCAAUUUCUUUAACUUGUUAUAUAUUGCCGUCUAUUACUUCUUAACAUCUUCUAGUAAUCUCCCUUUACUAGUGGGGGGACAGUUCCAUCUCAAUUUCUUAGCCUUUGCUAAUUUUCUCUUAUGAGUGACUGUAUCUUUCUCCAUAGCCAAUGGUGCAGAGAAGUUACUUUUACCAUAUUUCUCUUCCGUGAUGGAGUCUUUAAAAGUUCAUCUUGUACAGACUGGAGAAGAAGGAAAACACAUACAGAUACAAUGUCUUGGUAAGUGAUGAUUGAUGAUGAUGACUGAUGGAAAAAAAUUGGAUUUUUAUUUUUUUAAAUGAGCGGGGGGAAAAAUUAUAAAGAAAAUAUAUUUGGGUAAUGUUCUGACAAAAACUAGUGCAUUUUCAAUCGCUGUGAUCCUGCUUUUAUUGUUUUAUUUUAAUACCUACAUCCUUUCCCAGAAACGCUUGGCGUUUUGGUACGAAAUCUAGGAAAAGAUGCCUUCCUACCUUUGGCAGAAGAUUGCUGUCUUCUGGGACUAGGUCUUUGUGACAGAAUGGAUGACCCAGAUAUGAGGCGCUGCGCGUGAGUUUCAUCAGAUUUUCUGUAGACCUUUGUGUAGUGUGUUUAUUCUGCAUGUCCAUAUUGGCAUUUUUGCAUGUUGGUAAGUGGCUCUUUGCUUAUCUAAAAGUCCACGUUAUAAAAAGACUAUGCAGUGGCUUAUGUUGGUGAGUAUGGCAUAUUGUCUAUAGUACUCCAUUAUGUAUGUGAAUUCAGUAUUUCCUAUAUCCAUUGUCCUGGGAAUAAUUGUGGUUGAGUUAAAUCUCUGCUAAACUCAUCCUGUAUGGAAAAUGCACAUUCAUUAGUAAAUAGAUUUUCUUAAAGUGACACUGUAGGCACCUAGACCACUUCAGCUCAUUGAAGUGGUCUGGGUGCACUGUCCCUUUUGCACCUAGAGCUGCAGCCACCAGACAGCCAGUAGAGGGCUUCCUGGUUUAAAACGGACCUUACGGUAUCUGACGCUUGGCGUCCUGACACUCUGCAUAACUCCAGCAUCAGAUUGUUCCUCGUAGGAAAGCAUUGAGUCUAAUGCGCACACAGCAUUUUCCGCGCAUGCUCGUUAGAACCUACUUGUCGCAGGACAGAGGAGGAGCUUCAACCCAGUGCCACGGGACAUCGGCUGUGGCAUAAGGUGAGUAACUAUUUACCGAGGAGGGGGCAGGCAUGGGGAGCGAUAGUGCCAGGAAUAAAGCUUUCCUUGUCAAGACUGCAGGCUUAGUUUAAUCAAAUUACCAAACAACUGUUAGAUAAGAAUUUACAGGCCAGUAGUUCCCAAGCUUUAUUAAAACAAGAAGCCACACAAUGUUUCAGAUUCAUUCAAAAAGAAAAAUACAUUUGUCUGUGGCUGAGUUGUUGCAAAACAGCUUGUAGGCAACAUAUCUGUGAUCUGUUUUGUCUCUUUCUUUAUGUUUGUGUAAUGGAAUCUUGCUGCGUUAAUCUAACUUCAGUGUGGCUACGAAGGGAGUGUUCUUUGGGCACCAGGUAGAACUCUGAUUUAUAAAAUAAGUAGACGGUGUAGCGCCUUCAUGUAUUUCUUGAGGUAGGUGUAGUCUCAGAGGUAGUGGGAUAUGUAAAAGCAGAAGAAUACAGAAUAUAGUGUAGUAUAUCUUGCAUAAAGUAAGGAUAUAACAAAUGGAAUUGCACUUACAGUUUGUACAGCAACGGUAGAUCUCUCUGAGCUUGGGCGGUACAUUCCCGCUUAGAGAUAUUCUGUGUCUUCUGUAAAGUGCUUUCAUGCAGAGGAACCCCAUCUAGGUAUGGUGACACAGGAUUGUGUUCACCCCACUUUGGGGUCUCACAGGUUUGUUGGUAGUUAAUAUAUAAAAAAACAAGAAUAAAAAAUAUAGUGCUCACUGUUGUUGUAAGUAUAAAAUUAAGAGAGGUAAUAAAAUAGAGAGCAAAAAUUAGGUUUUGCUCAAUCCACAGCGUUCAGGAAUAUGCUGUCCCACGAAAGGUCAGAGUGAAGUCCAUAGAGGUUAGCAAACAGCUGCUUUAUUUAAUUCACUAGUACAUAAAAUAAUAAAAGCAAUACAAAGUAGUAAAAUAACACUUAACGAGUUUCGCCACAAAAAGGCUUUUUCAAAAGCGUUCGCCUUUGCUCUACAAACUGCAAGUGCAAUUCUGUUUGUUAUAUUCUUACUUUGCGCAAGAUAUAUUACACUAUAUUCUGCUGUAUUAUUUUGUUUUUAUAUAUCCCACUACCUCUGAGACUACACCUACCUUGAGAAAUGCAUCAAGGCACUACAUACUAUGUACUUACUAAUGGACCGAAAUUGAGAGACUCUGGUUUGGGUGUUUCAGCUGCCUUUCUAACUCAAGCAUACCUGCUGUAAACCAGGUUACUAUAUAUUAGAACUCUAAUUUAUAUUAAAUCAUUCUUGUGCAGUUUGAUACUAAAACACAGGAGAACACUAGGAAUCAUUAUUACAGCAGGCUGUGUUCUACUUAGUGCUCCUUUUACCAAAUCAUGCCAAAUGUAGCCCUGACACAUUAUAAAUUAUAGUUACAGCCUAUUUGCUGCUCUGUCUGGGAUCAUGGAAGAUUCAAUUUCUGUGCAUCUAGAGAAAAUGACAACGUUAAUGCUUUUGUCCCUGAAGUCGAAGGAAGGAAUAGUGGUGAGUAAUAGCACAAAGUAAAAAUGUAAUGUAUGCUUUGAAGUAAAGCAUUACAACCAAUAACACAUGUUGUGGUGUAUUUGCAGAUGACAUCAUUUUAUUAAGUUAUGACUUUUUCAAAAUGUAAAUUGUAAUGAAAUUCUCUGGUGCUCAGUAGGCAAUAAUUUAACUGCAUCAUCAGAGCUUUAAAUGGGCACCUCUUGUCUGAAUUAAAGGAAAUUAUUCUGCAGUGUUUUGUUUGCUACAUUGGGGGCACAAGGCCACUACUGGCACAUACCCACUACAACAGCCUUUAAACCAGUAAUGGCUAACCUUGACACCAUAAAUUGUUUCUGGACUACAUUUCCCAUAAUGCUCAGAUAGCUUUUAUAGUCUAAAUGCUAGCUGAGCGUCAUGGGAAAUGUAGUCCAGAAACAAUUUAUGGUGUCAAGGUUAGCCACCACUGCUUUAAACUGACACUUUUAGCUCCCCAAACUUCUGUUUGUUCCAUUCAGUGUGUUUCUCUGAUUCUUGUCCUUUCUCUGACAAUUCUAUUUAGACAUAGACAUGUGGGUUGUCACAUAGUUCUUUUUUGACAACUAGACAAAACAUUAAAAUGCUGCUGGUUAGCUUCAGUAAGUUUGUCCUGCUUGAAGUAGCUCAAUAUUGACCUUGGAUUUUCUCUCCUUGUUAGUUGUACAAGUCAACCCAUCUUAAAGAAAAUUGAACAUAUUUUAUUAUUUAAAAUAAAACCUUAUAUGUGUUACAGCCUCUUCAUGUAUUAUUUUGUAAGAUAUACAUGUAAUGUAAAGCCAUCUUCAGUGCAUCUACUGGUUUACACACACACCCUGUGUGAUGGAGGGAGGAUACAUCGCUUCCCAGAUAUAAUAUAAAUUAUAUAUGUUAUAUGUUCCAAAAAGAGUGCACUCCAAGGACUUGAUAAGUUCCAAGGAUGUGCUUUAUUUAGCUUACAAGUGUUGCUUGCGGAACACAAACCAAAAAAAAUAAAGUAUGGUGGGGAAAAAGUGAUUAAAAACUCCUUUGACAUACAUACAUAUAUACACACCAUUUAUACAAAUUGAUUUUCUUACCCUUCCUGGGUGGUAUGUUUAUUCCUCGGAUCCUUUACCAGAGGCCUAGGAGUUUUGAGGGUUUUGCGCAGUAUCUUAGCUGUUCCUGGAACUGCACUCUUCUGGACAGCGAUCUCCGAUGUCCCACCUGGAAUCUGUUGAAGCCACUCCCCCAACUUGGGAGUCACAGCCCCGAUUGCUCAAAUCACAACUGGGACUACUACCGCCUUCACUUUCCACAUCCUUUCUAGUUCUUCUUUCAGUCCUUUUUUGUCGAUAUACUCCCAAUGAAGACAUACAUGCAUUUAAUCAAGCACUUUUUACAAAUGGUAUAUCUAAAACACUUUGCAAAAACUGCAAAUAUUUUGCCUGAAGCCAAGGCAUGUCAUGCACCUACUCUGCCUUUCCAAGCCCAUACUUUUCUCAGCUGCUGGUGCUGCUGUGAUUAACACUUUCAAUCAGAUGCUAACUUACUUAAGAAGUUUUAAUCUCCUGCUCUGUAAAUUGAACUGUAAUCACCCACAGGAGGCUCCUGCAGGAUCUAGAAGGUUAUUAACAGAGCAGUGCCCUAGGUCUGUAUAAACCAAGUGAUUAAACUCUUAAAUGGCAAUAAAUGGAGCAGUGAGACUGCGGGGACAUGAUCAACACACCAAAAAUGCUUCAUUAAGUUAACGUUGUUUUGGUGCCUAUAGUAUCCCUUUAAUUAGUGUUAUUUUUCACCUAUUUUUUGUAACAUACUUACUAUUCCUGUACAGUGAUGAUAUCUGUAAGCGUAAUAGACUGUUGUUGAGUUAUCCUUUCCUCGGAGUUAUUCUUGUAGCAUCCCAUGAGAUUUUCAAAUCUCUGAAAACAAUACUGUCAUUCCAAUAAAUGUAUUACUUGUUUCAAAGCACUUGCUGAGUGCAAUACACCUGUCCCUUUCAUCAUUUCCUUCUAUUAUAAUCCUUAUUUGUACAUUCCUUGCUCUCUCUUUGCAAACUCUCACACUUAUCUCUUUUAUCUUCCCUUGUCUUGUGUUGCGUCCGUCUCUAUUCUGUGUGAAUUCUUGCCCUCUCUUGUUUCAUUAAUUUUAUCCUUCCCCUCCUUUCUUUACCCUGGCCCACAUGUAACAGGUCCAUUACAGUGAGAAUCGCACCUUCAUGCUCUUUGAAGAUGAAGCCGAUGAGGAUGAUGUGAUUCAGGAUGCAGAAGAGGAGGAGGAGGAUCCAGACAUUGAAGGGUGAGGUUUCUGUAACUCUCUGAAGUACAGGUGGUCAGGCCUUACUGUUUCAGCUUGCCUAAUGGUAAAAUGGACUUCUACAGUAGCCUGUGUUAUUUAGAGCAUCAAUUAUAGGCUGGUUUAACUAAAUCCCAGCAUUCAACCUAUCGUUGUGGUCCAAGGUUGGACCAAUUUUGAUCAUGCAGACGUCUAAUUUCUGUGUGAUCAUUGCUUUUGCAGAGGGCCAAUCUAUGUUGGUUUGGUGUGGCCCACUUUAACUUUGUUAAAAACACAUUGACUUCAGAGCUGUAAUCAGUGAAGCGAUUUAAGCAUUUUUUUCAAACAAGUUUAAAACAGUUUUAUUAUAACUAGUUAGUUUGAUUUACAGUAUACCUAUCACUCUAGUAAGGCUUCAUUUAAAUGUACAUUCACAAGCUGCUGAAUGUAAAAAAAUUAAAAGUAGGUGUGCCAUAGAAAUGUAAUCUUGUUGAAAUGUGGCCUGCUGUACAACUGUGUAUAAAUCACAGCCUGUAAAAGUGUGAUAAGAAGAUAGAACACAAGCGUUGCUAUAAAUAUAAAAUUAUUUGAACAACUAAAGCUUCUCAAUAUUCAAUAUGCACUGGUAAAGAUUGGCAUAACUGUCCAAUUUUUUUUUUUUAAAUCUCAAAGUAAUAGUUAUAUGUAAAAAGAAAAGAGUGGCAAACGUUAGCUUAGUUAUUUUGCCACAAAAGAUGACUGCAGACAACAGUGGGUUAAUUCACAUUUGACUCUUUAUUUCCAAGAGUUAGACAAAACUAAAUACAAAAUCUCAAACUUGUAUUGAUAUCUGUAAAUAAAUAAAUAUCCCACAAGACAUUCAAAAUCAAGUUUCACAAACGACAUGAGAAUAACUUUCUCUUUGGUCUCCUUCAGUACCCCCCGUUAACCAUUCACAGUCAAAGUAAACAUUUCUGUAACUGGUGAAUUAGAACAAUAAGGUCCAAAAUUAUUUAUUUCUUUUACAAGCUAUUUUUUAGUUUAAAGGGACACUAUAUUCACCAAAACAACUACAGCUUAUUGAAUUAGUUCUGGUGAGUAGAAUCAUUACCUUCAGGCUUUUUGCUGUAAACACUGUCUUUUCAGAGAAUCCAAACAUUCAGUGUCUCCACCCUCUGGAUGCAGACACUUAACUUUCCUCAUAGAGAUUCAUUGAUUCAAUUAAUCUCUAUGAGGAGAUGCUGAUUGGCCAGACCUGUGUUUGAAUUGUGCUGGCUCUGCCCUUGAUCUGCCUCUUUGUCAGUCUCAGCCAAUGGUCUGGGGAAGCAUUGUGAUUGGAUCAGGCUACCACUUCUGCUGAUGUCAGUGGGCAGGUCUACAGGAAACGGGGACAAAGCUUGCAGCUCCAGACUUGAAUACUAGUAAGAUUGUACUAUUUUUAGGGAGGUAUGAGGGGACUAGGGUGGCUAGAUGGUGGUUUUAACCCUAUAGAGUCAGGAAUACAUGUUUGUGUUCCUAACCCUAUAGUGCUCCUUUAAGUUGAUUUUUUUUCCCUCAAGAGCACUAUGUGGAAUUUCAUACGCUGCCUUGCUGACUCCACGCGAUUGUAAUGGUUGAAUUCUGAACUAAGCUAUUGGGUACUUGCUUAUGAGUGUAAGCCUGAUUCUUCCAGAGACCCAAGUGUAUGCCUUGCACAAGAGUUGUCAAAAUUAGAUCAGAAGACAGAGCUUUUAAAAAAAAAAAAAAAAGGCAUUGAAACAUACCACAUGUUGCUUUACUAAUCCAUUAAAAUCGUUAAAAAUUUACUUCCACUUUAGUAGUUGUAGAAUUUAACAAAGGAAAUACAUGACUUGCCAUAUACUAUUUGUAUCUGUCAGGUUCAGUGUGGAGAACUCUUACAUAGAGGAAAAAGAAGAUGCUUGCUUAGCUUUAGGCGAGAUUGCAUACAAUGCAAGGUAAGGAUCUGCAACAUCUGCCACACUGAUAUUACUUGUCGUUUCAUCUGUCUUCAUGUUUGUCUGCAAAAUCAAUCCCUAGCUUAUGUUACCUCCAAUUCAAAAAAUAGAUGUUUAUGUAUUUGUCUCAUACCUGUUUAUCUGUUUUUCCUCUAUAUUUUUCUUUCUCCUUUUAGCAACUCACAUCCUGGGACUAUCUCCUUUUUUUUUUUUUUUUUUUGGCUCCUCUUUUUACUUUUUGUAUGUGCUCUCUCUUUUUUUAGCUCUUCAUUUUUCCCUUAUCUUGAUUCAUGCUUCAAGGAGAUGUCUAAGCAUAUUGAGGUAAGUAGAACGCACCCCCUCACCUAAUGGGGAUCUAACACCAGUUGAUAACUAGACACUGAUGACUCCAAAAGUUUAAUUGUUCUCCUUUUAUCUUCUGUUAUUCUCUGUUUAUACCAGUGGUACACAUGGUAAGAAAGAAUAAUGGGUCAGCAAUGCAUUCAAAUAAAUUAAUUUCAUUUGAAAAAAUAUAAAUGUCUUUGGAAUUAGGCUUGUAUUUUUAGGCAUAGCCCUGAUUUUAGGUAAAUUGGGCAGUGAGAGAUGCCAGAGAAGAAAAUGACACACUUGAAAUCAAAAAUGUCAUGACUGCUUCUUAAUUCCAACUAAUUGGAAUACAAUUAGAAUUCAAGUCCUGUGAAAGAAACUUAUGGCAACUUUUAUCUUUUGUUAUAGAUGUCAAAUUUAGUCUGUUUGCAUACAUAGAAAUUUAACUUAAAUGUAAUCAGCUCUUAUUGAGUGUUUUUCUAGGCUUUCAUAUGUUUGAUCUGUUAGUGCACUGAUUUGGCUUGUGGGGUGAAUCAAAAUAUUUAGUUUCAUGAUGAUAUCUUGGCUACUGUAUUUUGGACCUUGAUAACAUAUUCAUCAUUAUCAUAGAAAAAUACUGCUCCCAAUUCUUUGGCUUUGCUUUCAAACUAAAGUAUUAGGUCAGGCAAAAUUAAAUGACAUGUCCUUUUUAUGAAGGGCAACAGUCUCUAGAAUAUAAAUCCAACUGGCCAUCUUUUCUGCUAGCAACUUUUUUACUGUACUAAUUCAAUGUAUAACGUUAUUUAGCACUGCUAGAGUACAACAAUAAAAAUUAUUAUUGCAACUGCAAGCUUAGCACAAGUGUUGGUACGUCUAAGCAUUGUUUUCCGUUUUGUUUUUGUGUUGUUUUUUUGUGAUCUUGGACCACAAGAUUAAAUUUUGUGUUGAAUGUAAAUGGAUAUUGCUGUUUAUGUUUGUUUUUCUUUCCUGACUUGCCUUUCACUAGAAUAUAUGGCACAUUGGCUUGCACCAAUAAUAUAUUAUAACAUUUAAAUCCAUACUUGAACUUGUCCUGGUGCUUUAAUUAAACACCAAUUCAUUUCAAACGUUGCUGAUGAAUCAUAUUACUCCUAAAGUUACCAUUUCACCUUUAUGCACAAGUGAUACAUUCACAUGCUACCAUAAUGAUUUAACUUUGUGUGUUAACAUAAAUUCAUAUUUACAAAAAAGAAUGAUUUAUAUACCAUCUCUAAGUUAAUUCAACUGGAAUACAUGUAUGGCAAGAUAGGUAAUGCAAUUCCAUCUAUACACUGUAUAGAUUUUUGUUACCAGUCGUAAUUAUUUAUUGUUAGAAAAGAUGUAGAUUAUUUACUUGCAAUCCGAAUACAACAUCUCUUCUUUUAAGUGGGCCCUUUGCCAUUUUUAUUUUAGAGAAACCCUCUUAAUCAAUUUAUUCAAAUAUUCACAAUAUUGAAACACACAAGAGUGUGAGUAAAUUAAGGGGUAUGAAUUUGACCUUGUCAACGUACUGCUGCAUCAUUAGAAAAACAAGUAGAUGCUAAUGGCUGCCCUGCAGUCAUCUAACAAUGAUAUUGCAGAAUGGCUGAGACCAGAAUUAUCUCUUGCCUGCUUUAUGUGAGAAUUUCAUAUUUUUGCAACCUGCUAAAUGUUUUCCACCCUCAGUCUCCUUAUACCGGAGUCCGGAAGGCAGCAUAUGACGCUUUGGGGCAGUUAGUACGUUCCAUGAAUAAUGUGUGUAAGAAGAACCCAAGUGAAGCCAACACAGCAGGUGAGAGUAUAUAAUCAAAGGAUUGCCAAGCUACAUAAAAUAAGAAAAGUAAGGAAUUGGCUGCUAGAAAAGAUGCAGUAGAGAAUGAUGGGAAUGUAUGAUGUGAGAGGACUAUACUUUCUAAAUAUAAUGUUAACCUUACAAAAAGACUGUGUUGGCAAAUAACCUUUAAGCAGUGCAAUUCAAAAUGCAUUUUGAUUUCUUGCAUUUCAACUGUGAGCAAUCAAAGAUUUUCAAAUGCAUACAUGGCAAAUACAAGUGUGUUUGUGAGUGAGAAUUUAAAUUCUGUCUCCCCGGCUCCUCUGCUGGUAUAUCACUAAAGGAAAGGGGCUUUAUUAAAGAUCGCAUCGGUUGCCUAUAAGUCCCACUAUCUCAUAGUCAUACCUAAGAUUUAAAGAACACUAAACAUAAACCCAAAUUUAAUAUAUUUGGAAUCAUGGGAUAUAAAAUAUUCUUAAUGUAAAAUUUUGUAUUCGGUGUUCUGGAGACUUUCAUAAACCACUCUACCUACAUGGCAGGAGACCUUGCCCUGAUAAUACUUAAAGGACCACUAUAGUGCCAGGAAAACAUAUUUGUUUUCCUGGCACUAUAGUGCCCUGAGGGUGCCCCCACCCUCAGGGUCCCCCUCCUGCCCGGCUCUAGGGAGAGAAAAGGGGUAAAAACGUACCUUUUUCCAGCGCUGGGCGGGGAGCUCCUCUCCUCCUCCGUUCCUCCCAUUCGGCUGAAUGCGCACGCGCGGCAAGAGCUGCACGCGCAUUCAGCUGGUCGCACAGGAAAGCAUUUGCAAUGCUUUCCUAUGGACGCUUGCGUGCUCUCACUGUGAUUUUCACAGUGAGAAUCACGCAAGCGCCUCUAGCGGCUGUCAAUGAGACAGCCACUAGAGGAAUUGGAGGAAGGAUUAACCCAUUUGUAAACAUAACCGUUUCUCUGAAACUGCUAUGUUUAUAAAAAAUGGGUUAAGCCUAGCUGGACCUGGCACCCAGACCACUUCAUUAAGCUGAAGUGGUCUGGGUGCCUAGAGUGGUCCUUUAAUUUAUUUUGUGAGCAUGCUAUAAAUUAGUAUUCCAGAGUCAUUAUUUCUCACCUCUUCUGCAUCUGCUCUUUUUCCAGCCCUCUGUUUCUCAACUUCUGUUUACACGCAUUUAAUUGUGAUUUGCACAUUUUUGUUGCUUACUUGCCAUACCCUUUUUUCUCUCUAGCCCUGUUGUGUCUCCUCUCUCUCCUAAUCCCUCCUUGCCUGCAUGGGGCGCUACACGAUAAAGAACGUGCAGUGGUCAUGUCUAUCCUGGACACUUUGAACCACCUACUGAAAGAAGUAAAGGAGCUUUGUAUAAGAGAGCCUUCACAAUUGGAGAAUUUGUGUACUGUCAUCCAAGCCGUUUUACAAUGCAAGGUUGGACGCAUACUAACUACAUGAUUGUAAAUAUCCACAUGUGCUGCUGCUCUUGGCCUAAUUUACCUCUCUACCCACAGACAUUGUGUCAGGAUCCUGAUGCAGAUGAUGAAGAUGAGCAGCAGGUAGGUAACGUAGCCAAACAAUCCAUAUCAUGCUUCUCCCCUGUCAUGCUGAACACUAUGUUUGAAUCCAAAGUAAGAGGAACAGCAUCUACUACACAGGGUGCUCCAAAUCCGUCUUCGCCCAAACCAGUACAGAUUUUAACAAUAAAGAAUAAGUAUUCAAGCAUGUACUUUCAAACAGUACCCAGCGUGAACAUAGCAGCUACGCUUUGACCGCUACAACGGCCUUUGUCAUGAUCUUGUCAUAACCUACUAAUCAAUUUAUAUGGUUGCUUCUCUAUUUUAUUUAUCAUCUCUUCCACUCUUUUUCCUCUAUUCUAUCAUACCCCUCUCAGCUGUGAUGGACACGGUCUCAUACUAUCUGCACACUUCCAAACAUUUUAUUAAGUCCUACUGUCAGGUUAACCUGUGUCCAUAUUGUCCUUUGCUUCUGGUCUUUAUUUUUUAACUUGUAAUCACCUGGAUAAUGUUUAAUCUUUAGAUUAUUUGCAGAGUCCAAGGCUCUUCCCACUUGUUGUUUUUUGUUAUUUGCACAGCAUGUGUCUGUACCUGAUAGUUUUCCAGGUCCUUACUUUCAUUAAUAGUCUCAGUGUGGACUGUGCUCAGUUGUUCUAGAUUAUGGAUUCUAAAAAUGGUAAGCAGGGUGUCCAGUGACAGUGUGGAAAGUGAGCUAACUGCUAAAACUGGCGGGAGAGCCCAGAAAGAGCCUACAACCACUAUGCUGAACAGCAGAGCUUUCAUAGAUAAUUUGUAAUGUUUUUCUCCAAUUUCUACUUUAAAUGGGGCAUAGUGGUUGUAUACAAAAAUGCUGCAGGACAGUGUGCCACCAAGUACCACACCAGUGAAUGGGAUGAGCAAGUUAAAGUUUGGUGCCUCGUGGAGGUAUGUGAAGAGACAGCGCCAGAUCUGAAGGUCACAUUCUGCUACCUUUAAAGAAAAACCUCUGAAACAAUUAAAUCCAUAGGAGGCUGCAACCAGCCAACUUGUCAGACUAAUAAGACAAGCUUGCAGAAAGAGAGUUUGUGCACUUCCAGCAAGAUUCCCCCAUCUGUGUAAGUACAUGUGAACCAAUUCUUCAUUGAUGGAUGCCCACGGGAGAAGCAGGGAGACACACCAGUAUGUCUCAUUCAGAAAGCAAAGGAAUCUCAGGGACACCAGUUCAAAGCCAUUAGACAGUGGCCAUCCUGUAAACCAGACAAAGAGCAAGUAACCUGCAAAAAAUAUAUAAAUAAAAAGUCAUUUUAUUAUACAGGUGCUGGUAAAGCAUAAAGAUUGCUGCAAAUGUGAUGGGGACAAUGACAGAAUAAGGAAUUCUUAUUCUAUUCUUUUGAGGAAGAAGGAAAAUAAAUUAAGUACAUUUUUUAAAAGUGCUACUAGUCUUUGACCCAAAAGAAAACACCAACCGUGAUUAUUAUCGUAUUCAUGAAAGAUUUAGCUGGAUAUGGCCUGUCUGAUUUAAUGUGUUCUCAGUGUCCACUUAUUAGGUACAUCUGCCCAGUAACAGGUCGGGAUCCAAUUUGUGGUGUUGUUGGUUACCUUUUUUUUUUUUCUGACGAUGUUUCUGGGGUGACCAUUGUAACUGAAGCCUUUCCUGUAGUUUGUUGAGGUGAUUGAAGGCCAGUUUCCUCCCCACAGACUAUGGGACCCAGUUACAGAAUACUCUGAAGAGUAAAGGACUCGCCAUCCCUGAGUUUUUUCCCAUACCCAGUAAAUGUAGCUUACUUGAGUGUCCAGGAUGUCCGCCAUCCAGUUGUGAUAGCAGCCUGGUAGAGACUGGGGUGAGACAGACGUCCUAGACUGCCGCGUUUCAGAACUCCAGUUUCAGAACUUAGUCAAACUUAGCCGCGGCUAGUCACACCAUUAACCUGUUGGUUAUUGGACACCAUAUGUGGAAUCAAGGUACUCUUUGAACAGUGGGUAGCUUAGUGACUGGGUUGUUGGUUGUGGAAGUUCUAUGUUUGGGAUGGGGGUUUUAGGACUCCAAUUUCCCAGUACCCUGUCUGGAGAGGACUCAGUGGGGGGAUUGACUCUUUAUCAGUCCAGACAGAGUGGCGUCAGGGACAGAACUUGUUUUUGAAAAUCUCAUCACCCCUGGAGGUGUGUGUAGUAUAAAGUAUAUUUAGUUUUUACCCUUUAUCAAGGCUCGGUUGAUGUUUGGAGAAACUGCUAGGCUUGCUGUGAUAACUUUUCAUGUCUUGGCUAUACGAGGGAGGCAGCAUAUUGGAGAUGCUCUGUUACAUUGGUUGGCAGUGGUGGAAUCGCUCACUCCAACUUGGAAAAAAAGUCCAGAUUACUGCUGGAACACUGCCUGCAGAGCUGCAUGGUCAGAAUGGAGAGCUAUUUGGCAACUUAUUAAUGCGGCUCUUUAACCUCCUAGGGAUUUUUUGCAUAUAGUGCAAAUAUCCCCAAAGGUGAAAACCUUACUUGGUGUGCAAGGGCUUGGGGGUGCAACUGAAAUGUGUUAUACUUACCUGAAGCUCUCACGGCCUGCAAUCUUGUUUCUUCUGCUUGUUUUGUAGGAAAUGUGUCAAAGUCCAGAACAGUAUACUAGUUUGUCUUUAGCAUGGACAACAGAAAACACGGACAGGGUUAUUUACUAAACUGGAAUCAAAGAACUGAAAUGUUAAGCGGGGACUACCAUGUUGGGAGGGGAGAAUCUCCAUCUCAGCUAUGCCUAUGGCAUGGCCAUUGAGGCCUAAAUUGUGCAGUUUCUAGGUUUAAUAAUUUACCCUGUCUGGUUUGUGUGUGAGUAGCUGUUUGGGGCAGAGCUCUAAAAGUAUUUCAGUAACCAAGGAUUAGACGGGUCAAAUCUUCCUGCUGAUGGUGCCACUUUUAGAUAUUUUGUUUAUAAUCACUCUGUAUACAUAACCACUGAUCUCUUUAAACAGCCUCCGAUCAACAGGUUAAAAGUCAUACAUUUUAAAGAGCACUGAAAAAACGUAUUUGUAAUGUAUUGGCAAAAAUAACUUAAUUCUGUUUUUAUAACAAAUCAUAAUAUAUAAAUCAUUGCUUUAGUAUAGGCAUAUUUUCAAAUACACUUCAAUACAUAAUCUAUUCUAAUAUCCAGGUCCCAAUCCCAUUUACAUUUAGCUCUUGUGUUAAAUGUAGAUAUUUAAUUUCCAAGAUGGUGUAACAUAGCUGUAAUGUUUACUGAUGCUAUUGCAAUAUGUGUGGUCAUGUCAUCCUUCACCUGUUGCAUGAUAUAUUAGGGUCCGAGGGGAGACAGAAUUCACAUUAGGCAACCCAGAAAGCUGAAACAUUGCACAUACAUACUCUUACUACCAAGACUGUGUCAAAAAACAGAAUUGGUCAUUGCUUGGAGUAACCCUUUAAGGCAGUCAUGGAAGCGAACACGUAUAUAUUAGUGAAAAAAUAUAUAUAUUGGCAGUAUCUGACAAAAUAGAAUCUUUUUAAAAGUAAAAGAUCUUUCAUCCUGAUGUAUUUUGUUGUUUUGGGUGUUUUUUUGCGUGUGUUUUGUAACACAUUGCGGUUUAUGUAUUUUAUAUAAAUUGAGAAGUUUUCAUUGUUUAAUUUUGUUUUAUUUGAGUUUACUUGCUAAUCGGUUGCUCUUUUGUGGUUGGCGUAAAAUUUAUUUAUACAUUUUUUUCCCUUUAAAAUAAAUAUAUAUAUAUAUAUAUAUAUAUGAAUCUUUACAAAAUGGGAACAAUCAGCAUGUUACUAAAGACCUUUCUCUCUCUUCCAUUUAGGCAGCUAUAUAAAAUGUCAGAAAAUUUACGUGUGCUCGUCACGUUAUACUGCACUACCUUUGAUAGUUAAAUGCAGUUCACAGAGAGCAUUGUGGUUCUAAAUGGUUUCUGAUGUCACCGAACAAAAUUCAGUCAUGUAUUAGCUUAUAACUCUCCAUUAAACUUUCUCCUUUAAUCUCCCUGUACCCAGGAGCAUGAACAAAUUAGGCGCUGUCCUAGGCAAAGUCCUUUGGCCAAAGAAAGGCGAUAAUGAGCUUUUGGUUUCAGGUUGGUGGAAUGUUUUGUAUCUGUAGAGAUUUGAAACUCCUUGUGCUAUUUCAGGUAGUUGAAACAAAACUUUUGCCAUACGUCUUGACUAGUGGAAGUCUGUGCUACUUGUGAUGGAGCAGAGUUUCUGGUAAGAUUCAGGAUACUUGGCUUGUAUUAUACCAUAAUUAUGAGGCCAUACAUGGUACUUUUAUAUGAUCAGGAGUCUAACCUUUGCAGUGUGUCAGCAUAACUUGAAUGACUCUGGUGCAUUGUGGUUUACUGGAGCAGAGAGGCGAAGUAGGGUUUGGGUGGGUAUUGCACGUGCGUGGUAAAACACCAAGCUCCACCAAUCCGCAUCUUCCAUAGAGAUGCAUUGAAUCAUUGUAUCUCUAUGGGGAAUGUUCAGUGGCCCUAUGCAAACCGUGGAGACACUGAACAUAGUUGCUACACAGUGCAGCACUGGACUAGGAAGCACCUCUAGUUUCCGUCUGAGUGACUGUCACAGAGGUGUUAUUAGGCACCAAUGUAAACACUGCGUUUUCUGUUAAAAGUGAGCACUUACAUUGAAAAGUCUGCAAGGACAGGCUAUAGUCACCAGGACCACUACAUUAAGCUGUAGAGCUUCUGGUGACUAUAGUGUCCCUUUUCAACUUAGAUGACAGAGGGGGAAGGAACUGACACCACUGGAUGCCUUUCACAAGUAGAGUGCUUCAUCAAGAGCUGUACGUUGCAAGUAUAAACUGAAUCUUAGAUUUAGUCUAUAUUUUUGCUGAUGAUUGCCUUAGAAAAAUUAAAUGAUCACAUGUAAUUCUUAUCUGUAGUAGCUAAUAUUAUUUAAUCACAUUUUUUUUUUAAAUUCUUUAUUUUGUCAGUAAAAUAGACUGUGUCAUCUCAACCCUUUACGGCUUAUGUAAAAGCCACGUUUCGGUUGAUAGAACGUUGUAUGAAUGGUACAGAGAGGAAUAGUGUGUAGUUAAUACAUGAAACACAUCAUACAAUGGUGAUUGGCUUGUUCAGUCUGUCAAGGGUUUUUUUUAUUUUUUUGUUCUUUUUUUUAUACAAUGGCAUUCUGGCUUAAUCACGGUCCUACCAACAUUUACAGUUCCACAGUUAAUACAGCAGACCGAUGGUCUAUGAUGACAAUAUAAAUGAUAUAUGGUGGAUUUACAGAAUUUUAACAGUUGGCAGCGUGUUGCGCCUUCGGCUUGCAAGGGUUACCGAAAGGGCCAACAGCAGUGCUUAACUUUAAACAGUGCCACUUUUGCCAUCCACCAGGUGUUUAUAACGUGUAACUUGAGAGGGAAAGUGAAAAGUGAGCGUGUAUAGGAAAGUAAAGCCAAAGAGAAGAGCUAGGAAAAAAGUCUAUCUCCAAAGGAGCUGAGCCCAGGAUCUGCUGUAUCGUAAGCAGUGAGUCAGCAUAAGCUUGUAUCCUGUACCUUAGCCUUGACCAGAAACCCUCCUAGUGGAGGUGCCGCUGCCUCCCUUCGGGGUUCUGGAGCAUUUUUUGUAUAUAUGUUUCCCAGAAGUUAGUGUGGUAGAUAGCUGGUUAGAUUGCUGCCUCGGCCGCCAGAGCGUGUGUCUCCCCUCCUCCUCCCCGUCCCUGCACCCCUUCAUCAGCUCCCGUUCUCAGUGAUACUGUAGGUGUCCUAUUGUUCCAUACCUUAUUAAAAGUAUUCAGUGUGUUUCAGACUUGCGCUGUAAGCUUGUUCAUAAAGUAGUUGUCCCAGUGUUAUGCUAUGACCAGGGCUAUUUGGGUGAUUUCUGAACAGGACUAUUUUUGUGCCAGUGCUCUACGGGCCGCUAAGGUGAUCUUGCGAAGGAGAUUUUGUUCGUGUUUGUUCAGGCCUUCUGUGGGUCUAAAAAGAGGAGUUAAGGUUUUAUCACUGCUGAUUAUACACUUCAACCAAUUGGUUUCUAUUUUAUGGUACUGUUCUCUGUACAAUAGCGCAGCCCCUUAACUCCUCUUUUUUCUUCCUAUCUUACCAAGGGUCUUGAGGGAUUCCCGUUUUAGGGUUGCUGCUUUCUUCUCUGUUAUUAAGCGCAGACUCUUCCCCUCUGUUUUCACUUCUGUGGGUCUAGACAGCAGGAUUGCCCAAGGGUCCAGUUAUUUUCCUCAGUCGGAUCUGUGAACUUCAUUCCAUUAUUUCACACCAGUAUUCUGUUACUGCAGGGCAUUUCCACCACAUAUGUAUGUGCCCUUUCCGCCACACAGGUGCCAACAUGCAUCUGUGGAGUUCAGUUUCAUCUGAUAUUGCUUUACUGGGGUUGUAUACCAUCAGAAUAGUGUUUUAUAGGACUGCUCUUGGAGCGUUACACAUAUUGUUGUUUUUGCACACGCUUCCCAGAUCUCUUGCCAAUCUGUACCCUCCAACAUCUCACCCAGAUUGGUCUCUCAUUGGUCAGCAUAGCGUAGUGCCCCUUCCUUAUCGUUGCUGUGCUAAUGUGGUUGUAAAGUAAUGUAAUUACUUUGUUUUGUGUGGUUUCAUUAAAACACAGCUUUUCAAAGAUGGUCAUUUGUGCUGAAGCCACUGCUCUAACUUCUGUACUUUGUGCAAAGUCCCAAAUUUGUAAGUAUCGAAAGUUAUUGCGCGUUUUGAGUGGGACUAGAGUGUUCAAAUGUUCGUAAGUGACUAUAUGCUGAUUUACAUAUAGAUGAACAUAUCUUUGUAAUCCCGUUGUCUCUAUCACUCUAUAAUAUCUAGCCCUCAUUCCUGGCGGGAAAGCUUUGUUACUAAACACCGGAGUCAUAGGAGACGGGAGGUCGCUCAGGGAGUAUUUCUACUUUGAUUGAUCCUAUAAUUGUAUGGAGUUGAGGAUAGCUGGAUUUGUGAUUCUCAGGAGGGCCUGUUGGUUCCUUGAAACCCAUAUGUAGAACUUGGGAAGAUCCAUCCCCUUCAUCAGGGAUUCCAGGUCUACCCAGCAUCUUCAAUCGGGAGGUGUGUGCCACUGAAUAAUCUGGGUUAGUUGUGCCGCCAGAUAAUACUGAUAGAUGUGGGGUAAUGCCCCUAUUGGUUUUGGGCAGUACAAGAGUCUGCGAGCUAAUCUUAUUUUGCCAUAUAAAUUUAUCAAUUGCCCUCUGUAUUCCCACUAGGUCUCCCCGGGUAACCCUCACUGGUAGUGAUUGAAAUAAAAAUAAUAGUCUUGGUAGGAUGUUCAUUUUAAUUGAAUGUAUGCGCCCCAACCAGGAAAUAGGUCUAUCUGUCCACUGGCUUAACUCUCUGGAUAGUGUUUGGAACAUGGGGUAUAAUUGCGAGCAAACAAGGUCUUGGGGUCCGCUGUUAAGCGAAUGCCUAUAUACGUAAAUUCCUCCGUGUUUAUUUUGAAGUGGUAUUGGCUGCGGAUGAGUACCCUGUUCGGGGUUGUCAGGUAAAAGGGCAUGGCCACCGAUUUAUUGUAGUUAACUUUGUAGUCCGCCAAAUAUCUGAAACGGUCUAGUAGUGUCAUUAAGUGAUGUAGGGAUUCUAAUGGAUUCUGGAGGGUUAGAAGUACAUCAUCGGCAUAGGCUAACACUGUAAAUGGUUUUCCCAUUACUUCCACCCCCCGAAUACUGCGGUGCUGUCUGAUAGCUUGUAAAAGUGGCUCUAACAUUAGUGCAAACAAAAGUGGGGAUAAGGGGCACCCCGUCUGGUCCGUUACACAAGGAGAAUGGGGUUCUUGUUGCUCCUGUUAUGAGUGUCUGGGCUCAUAAGAGCCUUUAUUGCCUUCACAAAAGAUUCCUUGGAACCACUGAAAUCGGAGCGGGUUGAAUAGCAUCCUGUCAAAUGCCUUCUCUGCGUCUAGUAAGAGUGCCAGAGAAGGCACCUUAGACUCCGCCAUGUACCACAUCAGGUCCAUUCCCCGUCGAGUAUUUUCAUACAGUUGUCGCCCAGAUAUAAAGCCCACCUGUUCUGGGUGGAUCAAUCGUGGAAGGAGGGGUGUGAGUCUGGAUGCCAAAACGUUUGAGAGGUUGGUGUUAAUGAGUGAUAUCGUCUGUAACUUGGGGCUAGGGUAUCGUCUUUUCCAGGUUUUAGUAGCAGUAUGAUGUUGGCCAUGUUUUCCUUCCUGCAUGAAGUGACUACAUAGAGUUGUGAGGUGUUUGGCUAAUUCGUCCCUAAAUUGUUUGUAGUAGCUUAUGUCGAAGCCGCCCGGUCCCGGGGCUUUGUUUUCCUUAAGAGACUCUAUGGCCAUCUCCACCUCCUCUUGUGUGAUUGGGCCCCUCAGUGUUGCUGCCUCUUCACCCGUCACCCUUGGUAUGGUCAGUUCUGAGAGGAACUUAUGUUGGUCCGUGGUAUAUGUUAAAUUGUCGUUUGUAAUGUGAGGUGAGUGGUUGUAUAGGCCCGACUAGUAUGUUUUGAACACCUCAUUAAUAGCAUCUUGUGUAGUAACUACAUUAUUGGUUUCACUGUGUAUUUUGGUUACAGGUUUGCGUCCCGUUUUUGGUCUAGCAGGGUGUCUAUUUCAUAUAGAAUAAUCGUUUGGACAAUAAGAUCGAACGGGCUACAUCUUCAAGUGAGAGUUAUUUUAUUGAGUGUCUAAGGGCAUUAAGUUUGGUUUUAUGUUGUUGCUCAGCUUUCCGUAGAGCUGAUGCAACUCCAGUAGUAAUUUUGUUUUGGUCUGCUUCUUAUGUGUGGCUAUUUUUAUAAAGUGUCCAUGGAUGAGACUUGUGGGCUGCCCAUAUCAUAGUGGGGUUCGUGUCUGGGUGUACGUUGACCUCGAAAUACUCUGAGAGCCGUUCGGGUCGUGUCUUGGAUAGUUAUCAUCAUCUUUUAGGAGGUUGGUGUUAAGUUUCCAUGUCCAGUUUUAGUUGUAUUGGAGCUUGCCAUGGGUGUCCGUAUGAUCUGACCAGGUAAUGCUAUUUAUUUCUGAGUGAAUUGUCCCAUUUAGGAAUAUAUUGUCUAUUUUAGAGUAUGGGUUAUGGGGCGUUGAGUAGAAUGUAAAGCCUCUUGUGUCCGGGUGCUGUAGUCUCCAUACGUCUAGUAGUCCUGUGUGCGUGGCAAUUUGUCUUUUCCCCAUCGUCUCUGCGACCUCACAGUGCCUGGUUUUGAGCUGCGGUCAACCGCCAGACAUGUUACCGCGUUAAAAUCUCCCCCUACCAUAAGCACACCUCCCCCCACACCGGAAACCAGUGUCUCUAGAUUUGCCCAGAACAUUGAAUCUGGCUCAUUGGGGGCAUGCUUAUACGUUGAGGAUGUGUAUUUUGGUAUUAUAGAGGGUGCCUCCAAUGUACAGGUAUUGCCCUUCUGGAUCAGCCAGGGUGACAGUUAUUUGGAAAGGGCUCCGUUUGUGAACCAGGAUUGCUACCCCCGCUCUCUUGCCUCAUAUACUGUUGUGUAUGUCUAGUCAGUUAAUCUGACGGGAGCCGACCUGGGGAGGUGUGUCUCCAGCAGUAGUGCAAUAUCAACUUUUUUAGCUUUUACAUCUGUCAGGAGCAAUCUGCGUUUGUUUGGGGAAUUUAGUACUUUGACAUUGAAUGAUAGUACCUUCAAUGUUAUGAUAUUGUGUAUUGAGGUUCGUCUUGGUAAUGGCGGUUCGCUCCCUGAAGGACUUUGCAGCGUCCACUUAGGAUAUAGUGUUUAACAGGUCUGGAGUAGGGCCUUUUGCCCUCCUCUAUGGUGACGCGGGCGGCUGUCGUGUACUAGUCGUAUAACUUAUUCAACAUCCUUUAGCCUUUUAGGACAUAUCCCCGCUACCCAAUGUCUGACGCUCUCCCCUCUCCGGUCACGUAAUUUAUGUCAUUCUGGAUCGGACCCUUCCCCACCUGUGGUUAGUCUCCCCCUUAAGCACUGUGGAGUGUAAUGUGCUCCAGGCAGGGUGGGUCAGUCAAUAAUUGGGCAUUGAGCAUUGUUUCCUAGGGAACCCUCAUCUAGCUAUAAAUAUAUAAUAUGAAGGUUAGCGUUUUUGUUAAGUUGGUGAGGGAGGGGGGUGUUUAUUGGGAUAGGCUCUUGGCUUCUCGGACAUCUGCACUCCUCAAGGGCUGAACGGUUAACUCAGACCCUAUAGGUGAUUACAUCCCUGCAUUGGUGUGAUCAGGGUAACUUGAUGCCUGUAAAAGGCUAACACUCGCCCCAUAUUUUAUUGUCAAUAUUUUUGUUUUUGGUACGUACUGCCUAUGAGCUGCAGAAGGUUUGUCACCAAGUACCCCAUGACAUACAGACAUAUUUAUCCGUUUCCCCUUACCAUCCCCUGAGUGUAAGCGGUGGUCCCGCAUGCCAUCUCCCACACCCCUCCUCACAGUUCCAUCAUAAUAGCCCCCAGUAUGACUUAGCUGCCUUGGAUUAAGCUGGCAGAGUGGUAUCAGAGUCUCUCUUGGGUCAUCAAACUCUGGCAGCUGUGCACAUAGUGAUCUCCAUUGUCGGUACAGUUGGUCCACUCCGGUUCUCCUGCCUCAUACCACUCUCUCAGGAGUGCCUGGGGGCCCGUUCUGGUUGGUCCCGGUAAGGUGAAAUCCGCCGGUCGUGUAAUGGAGAGUUUGUGGAGGCAUUUCAGCAGGUGGUUCCCUGGUAGGUAGGUAGGUAUAUGUUCUUCCCACCUUAAAGGCCACUAUUUUGAAUGGGUGUCCCUAGGUAAACCGGAUCCCAUUGUGGCGCAGUACAUCUGCCAUCGGUUUCCAGUUGCGUCUGCGUUGUAAGGUGCGUGGAGAGAGAUUGUUGUACCUUGAAAUGUGAGCUCAUGAUCUCUGUUGUAUCACAAGAUGGCUUCCUUAGUGGUAUGGCAAUGGAAGUGUAGGAUAAUGUCCUGUGGCGCUUGGCCCUCUUUUCUUCGUGCUCGUAGGGCUCUAUGCUCUUGGUCUAUCACCAUUCUCUCUCUUGGGAUGUCAGGCAGCAGGUGCUAGAAGUAGUCCUCCAUUUUCUGCAGUAGUAGUGAGCCUUCAUUAGGCGUUUCCAGUAAGCGUCUUAUGCGCAAGUUAUUGCGCCUCGAUGGGUUAGGUAAAUCCACUAUUAGCAUCUCCAGGUUGCAGAGCUGUGGUUCCAUCAAAUUGGAGUGUUGCACAACUGAGUUGUGUGCCUUCACUACUGUUUCAACCCUGUGUUCUAGAUUGGCUGUGCGCUUCCCAUGGCCUGAAUCUCGGCCUUGACUUCCUGAUAGUUGCAGGCAAAUUUCACUUGCCAGGUAAGAUCUCACCUCUGAUACUUCCCAGAUACUCUCGAGAGUAUCUCCAGGCUGAGAAACCCUGCCAAAACAUCUCCGACAUGUUCACGGCAUCCUGAUCUUCACAGGCCGCACAAGAUGGCCGCCGGGCAGACUCGCGCCGUUCAGGGUCUCAAGAUUCCACGGCAGAGAGUUACAUGAUGGACUCACAGCCUCGACAUUGAUAGUUGCAGCUGUUGUGUUUGUGAGCUGUGAUGCUAUUUGCAGGUGCUUGAUUGCCUGUGGAUGCACAGGAGCCCUCAAGCUAUGCGGCCAUCAAGGUUGGCUGCCAGACCACGCCCCCCUAUUUAAUACAUUUUGGGUGACUAUUACACUGAAACAGAAGUAUAGGGGGUAAGUUACAUCUUCACCAGCACAUGAUCUUCAAUGCAGGUAACCAAUUAAUGCACCAGGGAACUGCCUUUUCUUUCUAAAGCAUAUGGUGUUUUGCACGUGUCCCAAAGUAUGCAAACCAGUGCCAGGUUAUGAACUUGUUCUCUUAUGGAUGUAUGUAUUUGGAUUUAUCAAUGAAGCUCUGAAGAGUUGCAAUCUCAUAUUUAUUAUAAUAAAAUCUUUUAAACAAAAUCUCAAGGGUGCACUCAUCAAAGCAUAUUGUUACUAGUAUAUAUGGGUCAGGUAGUAUAUAUGGGUAAUUAUAUAUUGUACAAAUAAAGCUUUGUGUCUCCCUCGUCACAAGACAGUUAAUGCAUUUAGAGGGGUUGAAUGGGCAUUAGUUUAUAAAUUGCUGGGGUUUUUCUAUUUGUAAUAUGUAUCUUUAAGUUAAAAAAAAAAAACGUAGGAAGUCAAUACUUUACAAAUGAACUAGCUUAUCUGUGUGUGAAGUAAGGGUCUAUGGCAGUGGUUCGCAAACUUUUUUUAGUUUCAAUGUGUCCUCAAUAUUUCAUUAAUAUUCCAAGGCGCCCCAAGUGAAAACAAAUAUAUAUAUAUGUACAGCGCUGCGGCAUAUACUGGGCCCCUCUUCAGCAGAAAUAGGUCCCGGUCAGGGGUAGACCCAGAACCUAAUCUUGGGAGAUGCACUGGUAGAUUAUUUAAAGAAUCAAUCCAGGCACAAUAACCACUACAGCACUCUAUGGUGGUUAUGGUGCCAUCAGUGCCGUAGUGCCCUCCCAGGGUAAGUAGUCAAACUGUUUAAGAACAGUUUGAUAACUUACCUGGGAUCUGCAACUUACCAUGGAUAUGAGCUGUAUUAGAGGAUAGGUGCAGUAGUGUGCGUGAGGGGUGCAAUGUAUGUGCAUGUGAAGGGUGCAUUGUGUUUGAAAAGGGUGUAGUGUGUGUGUCUGAGAGAGGUGCAGUAGUGUGUGUGUGCAUGAGGGAUAACAGUGUGUGUAUGGGGCAGCAUGUGUGUAUGAGGGAUACAGUGUGUGGGGUGGGUAUUGUGUAUGAUGGACUCUGUGUGUGCAUGGGGGGCAGUGUUCUGUGAGGGGCGCAGUGUGUGUAUGAGAGGAGUUAUUGUGGGUCUUUGGAGGUAGGAGGGCAGAUAAAUAUGCAUGUUUUUUUAUAAUUUUCAUAUCCUCCUCCCUGCUUACCUGCCUAGGAGGGGGGCAGUAUUAAACCCUGGUGGUCCACGUGAUGAGAGCUGAGGCUAGAGUUCACUCUUGGAAAAUUUGGGGCGUUGCCAUGGUAACCGCGGCAAAGCUCUGAGCUUGCGAGAUUAGAGCCCGGCGGAGCUGCAGGUUAGAUUACCCCAGCGCUGCUCAGUGCUAGCGAGCCGGUGAGGAAGAUCUCCCCUCUGGUCCUGCAGGCCCGACAGGGGAGAUUGAGGUAUGGUUCCCGGUGCUAUAUUCACCGGGGAAACAUUUUGCAGCAGCCCUGUGUGCCCACCACGGCACUCAGUUUGGGAACCGCUAGUGCAUGGACUAAAUAUUGAGUUUUGGUGAAUUAAAAAGCAACCUGCAAACUGUAGAAGAAAAAUAAAUUACAACCUAUGAUAAGUUAAAUAUUUCAUCCUAGUCACCUGUUCUGUCCCAAUUUUGUACACAAGUCUUGCUAUUUGGUGAGUAGGCUAUAGUUCUAUGUUUUCUUCUUGACCUUUGGUAGUCACUGUACUUACAUUACUUAUGUUAUUUGUACCCUAUUAAAGUCUGAAGUGGCAGGUAUGUGUUUUCAUUAUGUCAGUGGUACGUGAUAAACAUUCUGACAGCAGUAAGGGUGGGUUGGUAUUGGGCCAGGCUAUAUUUGGCCGCUAAAAAGUGGAGUGAAUAUGUGGUAUGUGAAUGGAAGAAUAUUGAUAAAAAUUGCUUUAUAUAGCUUGUAAAUGCUUGUUUUCAUCCGUUUGGGAGAACAGCACUGUAGGUUUAUUCGUUAAACACAAAAUAGUAGUGAAAUAAAAACUCAGUUGCAAUUGUAAGCACCAAUAGCCAACUUGAAACAUAAUUCUCCAACCCUGCUUUAAUCUUAUUGUGGGUAUUUUAGCCUAAACAUUGCCAUUUGGUUUUAUUUCACCAGGUUGGGUGUUUACUGAUUAAUCCCCUACGUGUUUAAAUGGUAAAAGUGGUAGUAUACCUUUAAGCUCUAUCAGGACAUGGAAACAAAUAGUAAUCUGUUCAUGGAGAUGCGUGUAUUGUUUUGGAUUGUUUUUCCCUUCUUUUUUUCUGUAAAAGAGAGAACGGUUUGAGCUACAGUUUCUAUUUAACACGCCAGGAGAUCAUAUUGCAAUAUGUGGUUUGGUUUUGUAUACAAAAUAAAUAAAAUAUGUGGAGUAUGUUUAAAACCGCCUUUAGUAAGUACUAAUGUUAUGUUAUGUGCUCAUGAUAAGUUUUAUUAUCCAUUCAUUCCAUAACUAUGAAAGGCUCUAUACUAAAGCACAUUUCUUGAGUUUUAAGUAAGAAAAGUCAUUUUUUGUAGUACAAGUAAAUAUACCAGUUUAGCUUUUUUUUGUGUAAAUAAAGAGGGAAAUUAUGGUUCAGGAUUAACCAGUGGAAUAUAUAAAAUUAAAAUUGGUGUAAAGGUUGUCAUUUUAUCGGAGAGUUUGCAAAUCUUAAGCUUUCAUACAACUUUAAGCUUGUUCCUGUCAAAAUUUGUAAUAGUUUCUCAUUUGCUGCUAUUCUCUUUCUCCCUUUAUACUAUUGUAAGGUGUUGUAGAAUAUGUUGGUGCUUUGUAAAAGCCAGUAAUAGAAGUAACCCAACAACUGAAAAACAUGACCAACUAUGUAUAUAUAUAUAUAUAUAUAAAUUCAGAUAGUGAUCAGCACUCACAGAUUUUCAAGAAUUAAAAUUAACAAUUUAUUAAGUAUCCAUUAAAAGAUCAACGUUUCAGUCCCAGCAGGGACUUUCAUCAGGAUCAGGCAUGCUGGGACUGAAACGUUGAUCUUUUAAUGGAUACUUAAUAAAUUGUUAAUUUUAAUUCUUGAAAAUCCGUGAGUGCUGAUCACUAUCUGAAUUUAUUUGAAUUUUCCUGGAUUACAAGCACCCGGUUAUUAAAUCAUCCAAGCGUGAGUGCAAGGACUUUUCUAUUUCUAUUUUUGAUAUAUAUAUAUAUAUAUAUAUACACAUACACUGUUGAACUGCCAUUCCAAUGUUUUCCCAUAAGGAAGCAUUGGGAGGCUAGUGCGCAUACAGGGGCAAAAUGUUGCCUCUAGGAGACCAUCUAUUAGAAAUAGUAGAGUUGGACUUGGCUGCCAGAGUGACAUCCACUUAAAGGAACACUAUAGCGUUAGGAAUACAGUGUAUUCCUAACGCUAUAGAUCCCUAGUCACGGUUUAGGUGACUAGGGCCCCAAUCCGCCGCGAAUAAAUGGUUAAUUAACCAUUUAUUUGCUUACCUUAAUCCAGUGCCGGGCUCCCUCGGCACUGGUGACCUCUCCUCCUCCAUCGAUGUCAGCUGAAGUCAUCUGGGUGCCUAUAGUGGUCCUUUAAGGUCAUUUAAACCCUGCAUUGCAAAACAGCAAUGUUUUACAUUGCAAGGUUAAACUAACAAGGGUGCCUAUAGUGUCCCUUUAAUUGCAGAUCAAUCUUUACGCACAGUACCAAGCAUAGGUUUAAACAUCAAAUAUUUUACAGUGCCAAAGGCAGGCGGAAUUUUGACACGGCAAAAGUGUAAAUGUGAUUACGUUAUUUAAAAGUGUUGUCAUGCACACGAACACUUAAGCCUGAAAAUUAAUUCCUGUCUUUGUCCGUAAUCAUAAAAAAAUAUAAGUGUACUGUCCUAUCCCAAAGGAAAGAAUGUAUCCUUACCUCUUAUAAUCACUUUACCCCACUCCCAUGAGAAUGUAAGCUCGUUUGAGCAGGGCCCUCAACCCCCUUUGUUCCAGUGCAUGCAACUUGUCUCUUAUUCCAUCUAUUGUACAGCUAAAAAUAAUUUGAUGCACUAUUUCUAAUGUUUUUUAUUCUAGUUUUGUUUCAAAAACAUCAAACAUCUUGUUUUGGUUUUUUUCUUAAUUUGUAGCUACUUCAUGAGGUAGAUUAUAUUUACUGUAUGAAAUUUUUUCCUUUAUUGAUUUGAUGCUGUACUUACAAAUCUGAAUGGAAUAUAUCUCUGGAACAUGUAUGUCAGGUUAAAGAUUAAGUAUAAUCAAAUGGGGCUGCUGUUGAUUAAAUGGAGUUUAUGCAAUGGAUUCUGUUUACAUCUGUUGAAGGGCUUUAGUGUAUGCUGAUCCUGCAUUUCACUUUGAAAUAUAGAAUUACAUAUAAGCUUUAGCAUUAAAUAUUGUUGGGCUUACGUUUGUAGGUAAACAUGAAACCAACACUGAUUUACCAGUGGACAUUAAUAGUGUUUCCCUCUUUAUGGCUUACCUUUGAUUUGAGUUUGUGAAUGAGCAUGAUAGUUGCAAUAUAAAUAUUCAAAGCUCUGUGAGUUGAAUACUAAGUGUACAUAUAUCCUUGAGCAUGUGUCUAAAUUGCUUGGAGGCAUUUGGUGGGUGUUUUAAAAUGUUUGAUCUUGAUUGUAUGCAGUGUGUCUUAACCUUUGUAUAGACGUAACAAUAUAAAGUGUAAUUGUAUUCUUUCAGCUUUAAUUGGCUACAUUCAAUUCACUCAGUAGUAUUUCUAAAUUUUAAUAGGUAUUUGGUUUUACCAGGAACUCUGGAUUUAUAGCUGGUACUUAUAAUCUGCGGGAUAUUUUUAUGAUAAAAAGUUUGAUCAAAAGCAGAUAUAUAGCUGUGUGUAGUUUAUUAGUAUGUGUAUAUGCUUUCCCAAAUUAUCUUUGUGUAUUGCAUUCUAUGGUGAGUUAAACUUUUUGUGGUAGAAAGGUUUUCUACCUUGUGCAUUUGAGAUGUCUGUCUGUGGUGUGUAGUAUUUGCAUAUGCAAAUCCCCUGUGCAGAACUAUGUACUAUCUGUAGUUAACCUGGGUCCUGUAUAGUACAAUGCAAGAUAAGAGCAUGAUUUGGGUUUCAGAUAUCCCAUUAAACUCACCUGCUAUGACUGUAUCUGUGAACAUCAGGAUCAGCGUUGAAGUAAUCAUUGUCUGAUUAUGCAUGUGUUUCAAAAAGCAGAAUGGCAGGAAGUUGAUAGCAUUUUUUGUUAUCAGGAGCAUAAGAAUGGUUUCUUCCAAACCCAUUUUGGUGGUCUCAGAGCAUGAGGCUUCCUUGUUAACAAUCACUGAUAGAGUUCUUAUUUUUGAGGUAGUCCUAGUUCUUUUAAGAAUUGUCAGCCUCUGGUUAGUUCAUUGUGGCAAUCUGUACUGCUGACCGUGUUAUCUGUAAAGGUCGUAAACUGAAAUAGUGUAAAUAAAAGCAAACGUGCAUGUGACCUAUGUACAGUUUCAGUCAAUAUAGGCUCUCCUUGCUCGUUUCCUAGGUGUCCUUCGAGCGCUGAUUAUUUUUUCGGUGAGCCCAUUUAAAUAUCUCUUAGUAAACUAUUCCGUGCUAUAUUCCAUUUCAUGUACGGUCUCUCACCUUGAUGGUUUCUCUGUUGGCAGUUUAUCCCUGCCUCUCACUAUUUGCCAUUCAGGUGAUUAACUUGUAGAGCAGGUUAAUCAGCCUUAUCAGGUGUGGGCUGUCUCAUGUUUGGAGCAUGCUCUUGUCUCUGUUACACCUGCAGGUUCAGGCUGUCUCUUGGUGACACGCCUACAACUCUGUUUGUUAGUCUUUAAUAUUUGUUUUACACUAUUUACACAUUUGGGCAAUAUAAAUACUCAAUCUGUAUAUUGCUUAAAACUGCAAUGUAUCUACCCCAUUUUCUGUAAUUCCCCAAAUGCUUUGAAUGACUUGUUCCAUCCUGCCAGUGGCACAAUCCACUUUCUGCUAGACAUUUACUAAUGUAAAAUAACCAUCUUUUUUAUUUUUAAUGUAUUUAUGACGUGUAUAAUAAGGAACACACAUGGCACUGUAUAUACAUACAUCAAUUGUGUAGCAUAACUUGCAAGAUAAAGUGUAUUGGAAAAAAUUGCACAUUUUUAGAUAUGGAGAAUAGAGCCAGGAAUAGCAUAGCGCAUGUUAGGCAUUAUAGGCAACUCGACUUUAAUGGGAGUUACAUGCACUGAGAGUGCUUAAAGUGAAGUAGUGAGAACCCCACGAGGCCCCCCAGGUACACUAGUCCCACAUUCAAGAACAAUGAAUAAAAAUCAAAAAAAUAUUUUUUUUUCCAGUUCAGCAUUCAGUCAGGCAUAAUGUUGAUGUAGAUAAUGUCAGAGUUGAUACAAGCUACCUCCGAGGUCAGCUGACACCCUGUUAUUGAAACAUAGUCCAGCCAUGAUAGUCCCGAUAUCAUGCCGUGUAGCCCACCUGGUUGAAGGUAGAAGGCAUGGUCAUGCAAGCGAAGUAGGCCCACAGAGGUCCACAAGAUCAUCCAUUGUGGUGUUGAGUCAAGCUCACUGGGAUAGUUGAUGUAUGCCACAGCCGGAUCUGUGGUGAGUCUCCAAUCUCUUGCGGCAUAGCCUCGCUGCUUCUGGCUUCAAAUGUGUAGGAUUGGAUGGUGGACAUUGUUUUCUCCGCCCCAAUUUUCUAGUUCUUUUUGCUGUGAGAUCCGUGUACCUGUGAUGGGAACAUGUGGGCCACCCCAGAGGUAAAUGUGCACUCAAUUUGGAGGCUAUAGCGUGACGCUGUUGGAGUGCCAGGUUUCUCCAGAAAGCAUUGAAUAUGCUGUCCAGCUUGGUUGCAAAGUCUGGCUGCUCAGCACGGCACUUGGGGGAGCACGUGGCAUCCGCCAUGAUACAUGUCUCUGAGUUUACAGGUUGUUUGUUCAGCAUCGGUUCAUGCUUCCCAAACAGCCGGGUUGCCUCCCGGGAGUGGACUGGGAUUAUCGGUCCGGGGCAGGGAAAGGCAGGAGUUCAACGGGUUCCCUUCCGACGCAAGGACGAGGAGAACGCCUGCCUCUCCCCGGUUCAAAUAGAGCCAUAUCCAAAUCUCUUGUGGAAGGAGUCACAAUAUUCACAAAAGCACUCCCAACCUGGGUAGUGCACAAAGAUGUGUGUACAAGCGUGAUAUUCGGGAGUAUUUUAAAGAAAUUGGCAAAUACAACGGGAGCCCUGUGAACAUGCAUCUCUUCAGUUUGCAGGUUAGACCUCGUCUGGUUUCAGAUAGAAUUAAUUUACAAGUCGGCAUGUUUAUGUUACAGGGACACUGUAGGCACCCAGACUACUUCAGCUAAUUGAAGUAGUCUGGGUGCUGUGACCCUUUUGCUUUUAGUGCUGCAAUGUAAAAAUUGCAGUUCCAGAGAAACUGCAAUGUUUACAUUGCAGCUCAAAGUCUGCCCUCUGUGGCUGUCUACCAGACAGCCACUGGGGGCGCUUCCGGAAAACAAACGUACUUUUGGUCCGUUAUCUGAUGCUGGACGUCCUCACGGACCUCCAGCGUCAGAUUUUUCCCAUAGGAAAGCAUUGAAUAAUUCUUUCCUAUGGGGAGGUCUAAUGUGCGCAUUAGGUCUCCCCUGCCAGCUGUCAGCAGGGGAGGAGCAUGCGCGGAGCCUGACCCAGCACCGAGGGACAUCGGUAAGUGGCUGAAGGCGUUUUAACAGAGUCCAACAGGAAAAACAUAAGCUUAUGUUAUUGCUUUUAUGUAAUGUGCGGUAAUUGUCAGGGUGUAACUUAAAUUUCCCAACAGAGCAUCUCCAUUGAAUAUGCAGUUAGAUCACUCCCUCCUGGAUCCCCAAACCAGAAGCUGGCUUCAUCAAAUCACGAUUCCAUAUAUUCAGAAACUGUUGUGAUCCCUAACAAGCCUUGAGGUCCAGCUAUCUUUUACACAUUAUGGGUAUCUAAAAGCAAGCAAGUCAGUUAAUUGCUGUGUGAUGGAAAUGGUGAUUUAAAAUGUUUGUUAUAAGCCGUUUAGUCAUUAAAAGAAACCUCAAAGUCUAUAUGCUGAGGUGAUCAGAAUAGCAAGGUCAGGCUUAUAAAGCUCUGUGACUUUAAUCUGAAUUUCUCAUCCCAUAAAUUCUUACAGCUCAACCAAAUGAAAACAUUUGCCUCACUGUACACCCUCCAAUAGAGGCUGCUCUGUGCUGGAAAUAUAUUGCACAACAUUUUAUGGAACUAGUACCAGUGCUACAGCAACAUACAGUAAACAGUCUUUCUCUCUGAUCUUUACAAUGGCUCACUGUGUUAUUAUCCAGAAUAUAUAGAUCGAUAUGUUUAUGUAAAGGGAGGUUUGCUCAUUUUUCUGACUAGAUUCCUUCAUAACAAAACAAGAUUAGGCUUUUAUAACAUGAAAACAUGAAAUGUCCUUUCAAUCCUUUAUUACCUGGAGUGACUGUGAUUACAUUUUUUUUUUUUAUCUGUGGUUGAUAGAUCAGCAGUACCUAAUUUGUAUGUGCUUGAAAAGUCUUGUUUAGAGGUCUGACUAUUUGCAAAGCUCAGCUUGGAAGAGGGCAAGGGAUAUUCCAUAUAAAUUGUCUGUCAUAAGUAUGCACUUUUAUACCCAGUUCUUCAAAGGAAACUUUUGGUUAUGAAGUACUUUUUUUUUUUUUAAUACACAUGAUUUUAAUAUAUGCAUUAAUGUGUUUUGUUCUUUCCAUGCAGGGUUUAGGUCAGAAGAGCUAACAAACUCCUGCUUAGGAACAUUUGGCUCUCCAGAGUUUGUAGUGGAGCAGAGUUGGUAAGAGGUCAAACCGUUCAAAGAUGAUUUGACUUCUUACAAUGAAGGCACCACUCCGGGCACCAUAACCACUACAAUGAGCUGUAGUGGUUAUGGUGCUUGGAAAUGUCCCUUUUUGUAUAUGUGUAGCUAUUUUCACAAUUAUAGGAGAGAAGAAUUAAGCUGCAUGCAAAAACUGCAAUGCACACAUCACAGAUGGUCUUUAAACAAAGUUUAUAACUAGCUAACUGACAGAUUGGGAAUUUUCGAAUAAGAAAUGCAAUGCUGCUUGCAAAAACACACACUUCAGCUUUGGUGCUUAGUUACCCUUUAAGAUCAAUGCAGCAAAAAUAAAAUAUCAGUGGUACUUUAGAGAGUGGGCAGAGGCAGGGUGAAAGGGUGACAGGAUCAUGCUCUCUGCUCAAGUAAAAUUUAGUUGAACUUUAGUAGACAUACUAUGCUAUCUAUUCAAGUAAAAUUAACUGUUUUGAAAUAUUUUUAUGGUAACUUCUCCUUUCUCUGGAACACAUGUAAACGUGUUAUUGUCACAUACAAUUUAUACUGUAACUUCUGUUGAUUUUGUGUGCAGGCUCAGAUUGGCCAUCAGGCAACCUAUCCCUCCCCAUACCCUCAUUAUAGCCAUCACAGCACCUAUCCUUCACCACAGCCCCCAUCCCCCACCAUUACAGUCCCCUAUACCCCAACUCUAUAGCCCAUAUCUCCCACAAACACUGUAGUUCCUAUCCCCUCGGUACAAGGAGAUUGCUAAAUAAUAGACUGUUAUUUUGGAGACCCUCUCUCUAAAGUAAUGUUGUAAAGUAUCACAGUUACUACCUUUACAUGUUUUAUGAGCUUUGAUGUGUGUAUUACUGUUUCAGUGUAGGUGUCUGCUUUAUACAAGACUGAUAUGGAUGGGCUACAAAAGCUUAGUCAGUACCACUAUUUUAAUGGAGAUACAUCUUUCUGUUUAAUGUAGUUCACAUUUUCUCUGUAGAUAAACCUGUUUUGAUCUUGGACCAUUUACCUUUCACAUUUUUUCCAAGUGUUUGGUUUGGGUUCCUAUGCAAUCUUAUUUCAAUAUAUUUGGAGUAAGUCUUUCCGUCCAGUUCUAAUUAUAGGAUUAUUUAAUAUGUAAUAAUGCCCAGUAACCCAGUGAAGCCACGGCAAGAUAGGAGAAUGCAUUAGACAUUCCCACUCCUAACUGUGUGUACGGAGGUCUUUUUAAUCCAAGUAUUUACUUUGGUUUUCUCUUAAGGCGGAGAUGGACUCCAUGCUGAUAGAAUAUGCAGGAGAGGGGAUUCCUCUGAUCGCAGCAGCAGUCGGUGGCGCCACAUUUGCCCCAUAUUUUGCUGGAUUUCUUCCAUUGCUCCUUAACAAAGUUGUGAGUGCCUCUUUGUAUUUGUAUACAUUUCUGUAUAGAUUAUACUAUGGAUUAUGAGUUUAACUAUCCAUAUCAUUGACAGUGGAGUGUAAUGAAGUAAAUAUUUCAAAAGGAUGAAUAUAUAUGUAUACCAAUAUCUCUCUGUGUGCCCUCCUUGAAGAGUUAUUCACUAAACCUGGAAUUAUGGAGAAAUGAUUAGUGAACUGCAAAUUUUUGGUCAUAAUAGCUCAAUUAUUAAAAUUCUAAGCUUCUUUGACCUAAAUAUUGAAAUUUACUUUUUUGUUUUUGGUCAUCUAUGCUCUCUCACAAUUUUUUUUUUUCCCUCCUUUUCCUGCAGAAACCCAUUUGCUCACCAGCGGAGAAGUCCUUUGCAGUGGGUACUUUGGCAGAAUCUGUGGUGGCCAUUGGUCCAGCAACAGUUCAAUUUGUACAGCAAAUCCUCCCAGCUUUUAUCACAGGGGUGCGAGAUGAAGAUAACGAAGUGCGGAGUAAUUCAGUGUUUGGACUUGGUGUCCUAGCAGAGCAUGGUGGUGACAUUAUACAGCAGUAUCCUUCACUAAAUAUAUGUAUUAUCACCUUUGUUGUCUAUUUGAGUCUUUCUUUCCCCUGUGAGUUGUGCACAUCCCUUCAUUCAAUCCUCAUGUAUGGAAUGAAGCCAUUCCCUUCUCUGUGGUUUCAAUAAUUGCUCCAUAAAAUCUGUUUGUACUCUCUGUAUUCUCCCCCAACCUAUUCUCUCGUUUCUUUUUUUAUUUCCUUGACAUUCUUGCAGACAAUACCCCAAGCUUCUCUCCAUAUUGUCUUCCAUUAUCAGCUGUGAGAAAAACGCACGGGUUAUGGACAAUGUGUGUGGGGCUGUAAGUCGAAUGGUGCUCAGUCACCCAAACGGUGUUCCUUUGGAACAGGUAGGUAAAACAGUACCUUACAGAUAAUGUUUUUUCUUUACCCUCACUUUUGCCACCUUUUAACAUAUCUAAUUAAAUGUUAAGUUUGUGGAAAUAGUGUUGCCACAAAUAAAUGUCGUUUUAAACCUGUAAAUACAUUUUAAAAUGAAAUAUAAUACUCAUUAAUUAACAUGCACUAAUAUAUAGUGUGUGCCAACUAGAAGCAGAGAUUUUGGCAGAAUAUAUAUCUUUGAAAAUUUAUUUUAUAACCUCUGACUAUUUUUGAUAUAUUGUAAAUAUCUAUGCCUCCUUCCUCUUUUUCUAUGAGAAUGUUAGAAACAACAAAACCAAAUUAAUUAUCUAUCCUGAAUUUUUCCACUCAUCUGUUUAUUUUACUGACUUUUAGAUAUUUGGUUGUGACGUACUCUGCUUGACUCCUUUUGCCUCCUUUUCCUUUCUGUGGGAUACCUAACCCCAUGAGUAAUGUCUUAGAAACCUAGAAUGUGAUGGCAGAUAAGAACCAUUCGGGCCAUCUAGUCUACCUAAUUUUCUAAAUACUUUCAUUAGUCUCUGGCAUUAUCUUAUAGUUAGGAUAGCCUAUCCCACGCAUGUUUAAAGGACCACAAGAGCCGCGCGCGCAUUCAAUCGCUCCAUAGGAAAGCAUUUCUCAAUGCUUUUCUAUGGACGGCAGUGUCUUCUCACUGUGAAAAUCACAGUGAGAAGUGCGGAAGCGCCUUUAGCGGCUGUCAAUGAGACAACCAUUAGAGGCUGGAUUAACCCUAAUGUAAACAUAGCAGUUUCUCUGAAACUGCUGUGUUUACAGCUGCAGGGUUAACCCUAGAUGGACCUGGCACCCAGACCACAUUAGCUCAUAGUGGUACUUUAAACUGCUUUACUGUGUUAACCUCUACAACUUCAGCUGGAAGGCUAUUCCAUGCAUCCACUACCCUCUCAGUAAAGUAAUACUUCCUGAUAUUAUUUUUAAACAUUUGCCCCUCUAAUUUAAGACUAUGUCAUCUUGUUGUGGUAGUUUUUCUUCUUUUAAAUAUAGUCUCCUCCUUUACUGUGUUGAUUCCCUUGUUUCUAUCAUAUCCCCCCUGUCUCGUCUAUCCUCCAAGCUGUACAUGUUAAGUUCCUUUAACCUUUCCUUGUAAGUUUUAUCCUGCAAUCCAUGAACAAGUUUAGUAGCCCUUCUCUGAACUCUCUCUAAAGUAUCAAUAUCCUUCUGGAGAUACGGUCUUCAGUACUGCGUACAAUACUCCAAGCGAGGUCUCACCAGUGUUCUGUACAAUGGCAUGAGCCCUUCCCUCUUGCUACUGCGAAUACCUCUCCCUAUACAACCAAGCAUUCUGCUAGAAUUUCCUGCUGCUCUUACAUUGUCUGCCUAUCUUUAAGUCAUCAGAAAUAAUCACCCCUAAAUCCCUUUCCUCAGAUGUUGAGAUUAGGACUCUAUCAAAUAUUCUGUACUCUGCCCUUGGGUUUUACAUCCAAGGUGCAUUAUCUUGCACUUAUCUUUUACCUAAAUCAUUUGCCAUUUGGCUUAUCCCUCCUGGAACAUCAACCCUGUUACAUAUCUUAGUAUCAUCAGCAAAAAGACAUACCUUACAAUCAAGACGUUCUGCGAUAUCACUAAUAAAAAUAUUAAAGAGAAUGGAUCCAAGUACAGAUCCCUGAGGUACCCCACUAGUGACAAGCCCAUGCUUUGAAUAUACUCCAUUGACUACAACCAUCUGUUGCCUGUCACUCAGCCACUGCCUUACCCAUUCAACAAUAUUGGAAUCCAAACUUAAAGAUUGCAAUUUAUUGAUAAGCCUUCUGUGUGCAACAGUGUCAAAAGCCUUACUGAAAUCUAGGUAAGCAAUGUCUACUGCACCACCCUGAUCUAUUAUUUUAGUUACCCAAUCAAAAAAAUAAUUAAGAUUAGUUUGGCAUGAUCUCCCUGAAGUAAACCCAUGUUGUGUCUGAUCUUGAAAUCCAUGUGAUUUUAGAUUUUUAACAAUCCUAUCCUUUAACAUGGUUUCCAUUACUUUCCCCACUACUGAAAUAAGGCUUACUGGCCUAUAGUUGCCUGACUCCUCCCUACUACCUUUCUUGUGAAUGGGCACAACAUUUGCUAACUUCCAAUCUUCUGGGACUACUCCUGUUAACAAUGAUUGGUUAAAUAAAUCUGUUAAUGGUUUUGCUAGUACACCACUAAGCUCUUUUAAUAACUUUGGGUGUAUUCCAUUAGGUCCCAUUGACUUAUUUGUCUUUACUUUUGACAGUUGAAAUAGAACCUCUUCCUCCAUAAACCCAUUUGUCCUUUUUCCUAACUGAGGCCCCUUUCCUUCAUUUUCAUCUCUAAGUACUGAACAAAAAUAUUAAUUGAGGCAGUCAGCUAGACCUUUAUCCUCUUCUACAUACCUUCCUUCUUUUGUUUUUAAUCUAACUAAUCCUUGUUUUACUUUACUUUUCUCAUUUAUGUAUCUAAAUCACCCAUUUUGCACAUUUUUUCUUCUUGUUAUUGGCACUUGCAGGUUUUUCCAGUGAUGCUACGUUCUAUGCCACUGAAAGAGGAUUUUGAGGAGAAUACUACAGUAUUCAAGUGCAUUGCAUUCCUAUACGAGAACUUCACUUCUCAGGUAAGUUACACAAUUCAGCUUCUAAUGAAACUUACCGUAUGUAUAUCUCCAUAUUACUGUUUACCAAUUGAAUCCUGAAAUGCAGCAAUUUGUUUAGUGCAAAUAUGGCAAACAAAAGUUAUUAAUUAGAAUGUACCCACGAUUGAUUGAUUUUUUUUUUUUACUGUAUAUUUUGUAAACCUGAUUUAUCUUUCUGCAGUGAUGUCCACAUAAUUAUGGCUGCUAAAUGUUCCUCGUGGGCUAACUCUCAUUUUGGGUAGAUGAGAAAAUGACUAUAUAGUAAGGGAGGGUUUGAGAAAUAGUUUUGAGGAUAGAUAUGUCAGGUGAUUUUAUUUAUUUUUAUUUUUUUUCUUACUUAUACAAUCUGUUUUAGAAAAGUGUGACUUCUUACCUAGGGACUGUCAAGCAUUGCUCCCUUCCUCCACUGCAGCCAGGACAUCUGAGCUACAGCAAACUGUAGUAGUUAUGGUACUUGAAAUGUUCCUUUAAUCCUGUUCUUGUGUAUUGGGGAUAUGCUGCCAUGUUUGUGUCCUGGAGACCUUUUUAUAAACCAUUCCUCCUUGCUCACCAUUAUGUAUUGCAUUUAUGUGUGCCUCUAUAUAAUUUUUCUUCAUACACACAUUCUCGGUAAGGAAAACUAACUUUAUUCCUUUAUAUUAAACAGUGUAAUAAAUAGCACUUAUUUGUUCACAUGCUUUUGUUUUAAAAUUAAAAUAUUUCCUAUAUAAUGCUCAAAGGACUAGUUUGUAGGUAUGUUUUAGUUGAACAAAUCUUCAAACCAAUCCUUCAAUCUUUUUGCUACAGGUUAUCACACAGUUAGCAGAAAUUGCUAGAAUCUUUGGUCAUUGUUUGGGCACAAAGGAAAUACAACCAGGUAUGUUUUCAAUAUUACGCACUUUUUUUUUAUGCUACCCUCUCAUGUUUUAGAAACACGGUCUGUCUGCACAGUCUGCUGGCUUCUGUUUUUGAUGUUUGAUUUGAUCUGACAUUCAUUUUUGCCCUAAGUAUGUACACCCUUUAUUUGUUCUAGAUCUCUGAAGUGUUAUAUUUUUGAUAGCUUGCAAAUUAAUACAGGAAAUAUUUGUUCUUCAUUUGUGCCUUCUCAUUUCUAAUACUGCACCAUACAGAUACAGAGAACUGUUUAAUUCUCCUUUUGAGGGACAUCGCACAGAAGUUUCCACAAGAUUUUCACAAUGCUUUAAAGUCAGUUCCUGCUGAAGCAGCUUCCAAACUCAGUGCAGUUCUCGGUCCCGCAUGAGGAGCAUCUUAGUACGUUCUAGUUAGUAUCACUAUGUUUGAAUGAUUUUCAGGAGAGUAUACACAUUGUAUACUCUUAUUUAUUUUAUUUUUUUUAACGCUUGUGCUGCUCACAAGGCUGGUGCAAGGAUUUUUGGCUACACAGGCAAAGAUGCUCCACCCUCCCUUGGAAAAAAUGCAUCUUCACUGGUGUGUUCCGCACCCCUUCUGUCUCUCUCUUCCCCCUAUGUGUGUUUCUCCCCCAAUCCCCUUUCUGUGUGUCUUUCUUCCCCCAAUCCCGUUUCUGUGUGUCUUUCUUCCACAAGCCCCACUGUGCAUCUUUCUCCCUCCAAACCCUUUGUAUGUCUCUUCCCCAAGCCCCACUGUGCGUCUUUCUCCCUCCAGACCCUUUGUAUAUCUCUUCCCCCAAUCCCCUUUUGUGUGUUUCUACACUCCAGCACUUUGUCUCUGCCCCCCAUCCCCAGCACUUCUGUGUAUCUUUCUGAUCCCCAGCCCCUCUGUGUUUUUUCUUUCUCCUCCAAGACCCUCUGUGCCUCUUUCUCCCCCAAGGCCCCUUGGAUGUCUCCUCCAAACCCUUUUGUCUCGUCCCCCAAUUGUGUGUUUCUACACCACAGCCCCUCUGUGUGUGUGUCUCUUACUUUCUUUCUCUCAGCAUCUCUGUGUCUCUCUUUCUCCUUCAACCCCUUUAGUGUGUCUUUCUACCCCAAGAACCUCAAUGCCUCUUUCUCCCCCAAGGCCCUCUGUGCCUUUUUCUCCCCCAAGGCCCUCUGUGCCUCUUUCUCCCCCAACCCCGUUGUUUGUCCUUAGACCCUUUGUGUGACUCUCUCCUCCAGCCCAUCUUUCUCCUCUUUCCAAGCCCCUCUGUGUGAGCUCUUGGCUCCCUGUCAGACCAGGUAGAGCAUACAGGAGACUAUCGUCUAUCAAAGUACGCUCAGCUAAACUACAUGGAUUAACUUGCCUUCCUCUCGCCGAUUACUUGGAGAUUACAUGUUAUGCAAUCCAUUCCCAUGAAUACUUUAUAAAUAUAACACAAUUUCUCUCUUUGUUAUAGGAGGAAUUCAUAGGGCGCGUUUGUUUUCAAGUUGCAGUUCAUAGUUAAGAGUUUUAAAUUCCAGCCAUUGGACUAUGUGUUUAAGGUCACCAAGCAUUUGCAGUUACCUGUAUCUCAGAACAGUUUGCAGGAAGGUCUCAUAAAAUUGCACAGACUCUGAGGGGGCUCCACCAAUCUCAAGCCAAAGCAAUAAAGAUGAAAUGUUCUUUACAGACGUUUGCUGUGUGCAUCUGUGUUUUUGUAUACUGUACUUAUACAUUUUCUGACUCAAAACGCAUAUAGCAUUCAUAUAGACAACGCUACAAGCUGUCACAAACCAUGAUAUUGGAUUAUUGUUACUUUGGUUUGUUAUAUGCUUAUCUUAUG